AUGGCAAGAUCCCUAAGGUAGGAAUGUCGUUGUUUUUCAUUCAAACGGUUUUUCCUACAACGGUACGAUUUCAACGAAAAUUUGUAAUGUAUAUUUUAUGUGUGGUACUAUAUUUGAAGAAGAUGGCUCGUGGUGUUAUUACAUUAUUUGACCAAAUUGCUUAAUAUUAUGGCAUUGAUCUGUAUUUUUACAGCCUUAGGGAUAUUGAAGUUUAAAAUUUGUGAAUCUGCGAGCGAUCGGGUCGAAAAUCGUGUAAAAUUUGACAAUAUCGCAUGUAUGAUUGCUUUACUUUGGCGCCUUUCAUUUGUUUAUAGACCUCGCUGUCUGUGAUGUGAUCUCUAUAUAUUUGACCGAGAUUAGGUCUUUACAUAUUUUAAAAGUAUCUAGGAUCGUUUCUUGUUUAACGAUCGUACGAAGGCAAGCAUUUUGUAUGUGAGAAAAUGUCAAAUUUUAUACACGUAGUUUGUAUUUUGUUUUGUUGCCCAAUUUGCUACUCGCAUGUGAUGUUGAUGUCAUUAAAUUCUGAUAAUGCAUAACGAAAGGUUGUUUACAGGGGAAACGAAGAGCAUGAGUUAGUGCAAUAUAAGUUAAAAUAACACGAAUCUGUAUUGCAUAUUUGUACAUGAAAGUUUUAGGGUUUUCUUUUGUGUAAAUAACAGUGGGUUACAGUAUUACUGGAUAGCAGUGUUAACAUGAAAAGAUGAAAUGAAUUGACAUGGUUUUGCACUCUGAAAAUUGCCAGUCGACCACCAUCUGUUGCACAAUUGUGCUUGGUGAAACCUAGCUGUUAUCGGUCUGUGAGGCUGGAGAAAAUUGCUGUCCUUUUGAAAGGUUCAGCGUCUACAACAAUCCAAACUCUACCCUCUAUUUUUUCCAGUGAAAAUGAAUCAGAUAUUGGCUACCGGUCAUCAGCAAGCGACCAGGAAAGCUUUUGCAGUUUAUUUGAAAAUAAAUCAAAGAAGAUCAACAAAGGCCGUUGGACAAAAGAGGAGGUACUUGUCAAAAAAUUGUUGAAAUGUUUAAAUUUUGUGUGUUUGGCGAUGGUCCAUGGUGUGAUUGUUGAAAUACCAUGGGUAUUUAAUACCAUGGGUAGCAGAUUUCACCUGCCGGUGAAUUUAUUAAUAGGUUGACCGUUGAUAAAACCGUUAAGAAUGUUGUUCCAGUAACACUUAGAUUUAAAAUUUGGAGAUACACCAUUGGUCAAUAUGUUAAAUGUAAACAAACAUGAUCAACGGUUCUUGUCUGUGCUUUUAAUGUUUUCAUUCUGUCUGUUGACGAGAACUGUGGCGGUCACUUUGUGAAAAAUUGGAGGGUGAAUUGGGUGGUCAAUGCAUGACCACCUUUUCUUGCUGAGAAUCCUAAUUCUUUAAACUUUUUUGCCUUCAAUAUCUUGCAAUAUAUAUAGCUUAAUCUAUACUAUAACCUACCAAUGAAAGAAAGCUAAAAGCUUUGGAUUGAUAGGGAUACAACGACCUAAAAAUACAAGAAGAAUGUCUGAAGUUCUCCUUGUAUUUUUCAGUUAGUUGUAUCCCUAUCAAACCAAAGCUUUCUUAUAAUUGCUACUAUACAUACACUGGCACAAACCGACCGUUGAAGAUGAUACCAAUGCAAGACUUUCAUGGUUGCAAAAUUAUUGUCACAGCUUUGCUAGACAGUUACUCAGCUACUAGGCAUUUGGAAAUUACUGGGGUGGGGGAGGGGCAACCGCUGGGGUCUGUACUGAAUCCAUGAGAAGCAUUAGCUGAAGUUGCUUGUGUUGUAGGAUGUUUUGCUUACAGUAGUAAUUGCCCACCUAUGUGAUAUUCGUAUGUUCCAACUAAUUUUGGAAAUGGAAAGAGUCUUGUGUUGGAAUGUAGGUAGCAAUAAAUGAUAUUUAUAUUACAGGUAUAGUUGACAGGGUUCAAAAUAAUAUUUCAUGAUAUGCUCUGGUCACCAUGACCAUCUUUUCCCAUUUUUCACUGGUCAAACACGAUUUCUGACUGUACAUGACAACACCCACCAAGAGAACAAACAUACUGAUGUUGCUUGAUCUUUGAGGAAGCAUUCUUGGCACCAACAUUCCAAUGACCAGUCAUUUUGAGCUGAAUGUUGUAUAAAUAUGACCCGCGGUUAAUAAUGAGCCUUGACAGGAUCUAAUUACCUGUAAAAUAUAAAACGUGUUUCCAGAGCCCAGAGAACGUAUUUCCAGAGCUCAUUCAACAAAGCUAGCUUGUAAAUAUUUGCAGAAGUUUGUCAGACAGUAUGGAUGCUUUCCAUUUUGUCUGUGGCAUAUUAGCCUAAUGUUACCGCGGUUAUAAGUAGUGUAAUUAUAACUGUACAAAUUGUCAAAAGACGUGAAUUGUCCGAAGAAGCUGUGCAAGUUUUAAGAGUCUCACAAACGUACCCAGACAAACCGACUACCAACUGAGUACUUUAGGUUUAUCACAUGUCACAUAGUAUAUCAAUUCAAAAUUUUUACUCUAAUCUACUUGUUUAGUCUUCAAAUCUUAUAAAAAAGUUAUUUUGAAUGUCUAACAAUUAAACUUGUAGUGCGCAACUUAAAGUUGACAGUGAGUUUAUUUUACCCCUGGCAAGGAAACGUGACAUUAUCAAUGGUCGAAAUUGCAAAAUGUUAAUUUUGAAGUACCAUGUUCAUAACGCUGUGACGGCCUAAUUAAGGGCCGCCUUUGUAUGGCUAAUCAUUAUAAGCCGACUACUGUUUGACAAUGCAGCAUAGUCAGAAAAUGAUUUACAAUUUGAACGAAAUGUAACGGUUGUAUUGCUUAACUGGCUGCAUUUUACCCAAUGAGAUCAGACCAGUGGUUAUUUUAAAACUUCAAAGUGUAAAAUGUGCUCGAAAACGUGAAAUCAAUAUUUUUUUUAUAUUACUUGUUGGAAUAUUGAAAUUGUUUGUUUUUUAACAGAAUAUUGUCUCACUUUUGAAUUCGAACCUGUAAAGUAUAAGGAUUUAUAUUCUCAAAAACGUAGCACCACCAUCUAAGUGUCUAAAGACCGAUUUACCGAACACUACACAACUUUUGCCUAAAACUGUCGCAUGCAACCUGCUUACAACUUGAGUUGUACUGUGUAAAUCAAGCACACAACUUGCCUAUGUUGUCGUAGGUGAGUUGUGUGCUUGAAUUACACAGUACAACUCAAGUUGUAAGCAGGUUGCAUGCGACAGUUUUAGGCAAAAGUUUUGUAGUGUUCGGUAAAUCGUCCUUAAAAUCAUGUCAAGGAUAGAACGAUGGUUCGGACGUCGCUGUUGAAAACCAGGCUUAAAUCGUGAACAUUCUGCGCAACGGUAUUGUGGUUUGCAGAGCAAACUAGACUGAUGCGUGCCUAUAUGCUAUUCUUACUAAUCUGUCAGAAGCAACCGAAACAUUGCGCCAAAAUUUAAAGAAUUUGGCAGGUGCGGUCAAUUUGGGUGUGUAUCGAAAAUUCGCGCAUUCCGUUUGUUUGUUUAUAUGUCUAAGUUGUCACUCAUUCUCAAACAACACAACGCCAAGCUUGCCCGUGUUUCCUCUGUGUACUCAUGAAAAUACUGAUGGGGCCAAGUCCUAUCGUGACGUCAUAUGAUUACGUCAUUUCCAUUGUUGUUUUCUUGGCUUACUAGAUGAAAGCCCUUGGCUUGGCUUUGUACCUUUUUGACAGGCUUAUAUAGUAUUCAUCAAAACACUCGUAAACUUGGCUAUUGUGAUCUGUGAUAUACGUAUUUCGUAACGCCUGGUUGAUACUAUCAAAGUUUCUGUGAUCACAGUAGGAAUUUUGCAUGCAUGCAUGGGUGAAUUAUUCUAAGUUUUGAAGGAUUUGUAAGAAAUGUUUGAGGAAACUGACACUGAGGACAUAUUUUUUCAUGAAAAUCUAAUCUUGUUCGCGCGAUCAAUUUCCAUUCAUUUCAAUAACAUGGUAUAAAUCACCCCUUUAAUUACAAGAUGUUAUAUAUAUAUGGACUUCAAUAAUUUGGAUUCUUGCACAUUUGGUUACAGCUGAACAGCUGGCCUCUGUAGCUCAGUUGGUUAGAGCGCUGCACCGGAAUCGCAGGGCCGUAGGUUCAAUUCCUACCAGAGGACCUUGUGCUGCAUUUUUCGCAGUCGUUCCUAUAUAUAUAUAUAUAUAUAUAUAUAUAUGCUAUAUGCUAUUUCAUUACAAAGGUGGGACAGCCAUACAGGUGUUUUAGUCAUAAAGGAAGCUUCUUUUGUACUCAAGACGAUGAUUGGGCAAUUUCGUGUUGUAUUUUAAUGUUUAUCCAAGAGGUUGUGUACUUAUGAUUGCGUGCACGCUUCUGAAUGGGGAAGUAAUCUGGAUAAUAGCAAGUAUAUAUACACCGCUUGUCAAAAUGUCGAGAGCGCCAAGCCUAGUUACUUCAACAAACUGUUGUGAUAUGCGUGAGAAAUACGUUUUGCUGGCUCACAGCUCUAGAAAUAGAUCCAAUACGUCGGUUUGAGCACGAUCGUUCAGCAGAUAUGCAUGAUGGUAAAGAUAUGUUAUUUUUUUUUUUUAAAUUUUUAUUAACUUUACAAUCAUAUUAUAUAAAAAAUACAGGUACAGCUAUGAUUGAAGGAUUAGGCAACAGAACUAGAAUCCCAUACUACAAACCGGACAACGUAAUACUGAUUUUACAGGCCUUUACACUAUAUAAAACAUGCAAGAAUAAAUACAUAACUAUAUGCACUACUGUGCAGGGUGUGAUCAUUCAAGAUUUCUAGUACGUCAAUGGUUGUUGCCGCGUACUUGCGCUAGAACAAACUCAGUACUCAAUGUGCACUUAUAGUCUUUACAAUAAGGUUCAUAAAGUACAGGUUUCUGAAGAGGAGUUUUGCUAUUUGAAAAGGGAGUUUUGCUAUUUGAAAAGGGCUAGUACGUCAAUGGUUGUUGCCGCGUACUUGCGCUAGAACAAACUCAGUACUCAAUGUGCACUUAUAGUCUUUACAAUAAGGUUCAUAAAGUACAGGUUUCUGAAGAGGAGUUUUGCUAUUUGAAAAGGGAGUUUUGCUAUUUGAAAAGAAAGUUUUUUCGGCCCAAAUGUGGUAGCAAUUUCCGCACGCAAUACAAAAGUAUACAAAAUUUGCAAACUUUGCAAGGCUAUAUUUUCCGCAUCAGUUUACAACAUUUCGCAACCAAACUUCCCAAUUUUACUCAUUUUAGUAUGCUCUAUCUAGCUGUGGUGAUUUAUUUGCAUCUCCUUGCCUAGUUUUGAAAUUAGUGUAUUAAUUAUAUCUUGUGUAGAGUGUCCAAAAUCCUGCUACAUCAUGACUCAAUGUUUUUAUUGAUAUUGAUUGACUAUACCAAGUAUCACAGUGAUAGCGAGAACCGAAGCUUCCCAAAAAUUCUAUGCAAGAACGAGUUUUGUCCAAAAACAUGUACAAGUGCCUUCAUUUACAUUUUUAAUUGUCGAGUGUUUUCACACAAGGAUGACGUCACGCCAAUAAUAUAUAUUUAAUCUGUAAACAUGUUGAGAUGUAAAACUUCCGUUAAAAAUGCACGCGAGAGAGAGUUCUCUCGAAAAUUAAUUACAUUCUUUAUGAUUGUUGAGUUGUUUUUACCGAGAAAAUCUUGAUAUUAUAUAAAUCUGAUAUUUGAGGAAAUAUGUCAAAUGUAGAAAUGAUGAUAUAAUUUUGAUCUACAUAAAUACCAUUAUUGAUACAUAACAUUCACAUAUACAUGACAUAUAUUUGAAAAUUAAGGAACCUGGUUACUUCAAAUUGCGAACGUAAGGAGCCAUUAUAGAUCUAUAGUAUUCUACAAUAAGCUGCCUAUAGGUGGCUGUUUGGACUUCGUACCUGAAAAAAAAAGGAUUAAAAACACUUGAAAGGCAAGCUCUUCCGGUUCUGGCUAGAUAUUCCGCUUAAAAACUGUUUUAAUUUGUAGUUCUCAAAGAAAAUUACACGGAUUGUUUUUCCUCGAAUUGCUAAUUGAAGAAAAACAUUAAAUUUACUAUUAUGCUGAUCAGGUACUAUAUAAAGCCGGGUGAUUGUGGCACAGUUAGUUACAACCCAGGUUGGCAAUCUUACCAAGAUCCAGAAAGUUCAAGAUCUUAUCUAAAUCCCAAAAGAUCUUGCCAAGAUCCUGCAUGCAACACCUUGCCAAGACCUUCAACCUGGGAAGUGUGCAAGGAUUUUUCCAGUUGUCAAAGCAGUAUCCGCUCCACGUGAUUUUCGGAGCCGGCUUGUAACGUCAGGACGUUUUGAAGAGUGCAUUUUGAAUUUGAAGCCAACCAACACCUCUUCCAAAAAUAUUUUAGUAUCUUGGUUUUUCCGCUUUGCUUUUGCCAGUCAAUAUAUUUAAUGGUAAAAGUCACGGUUCUUGCAUUUCAAUUGGCACGCUUUCGUUUCCUACACUUGAGUGUUCAUGGAUUAAAGAUUCUUUAUAGUUCCAAUAUGGCUUCAUUACUUAUAUGGUUUGCUUUGCAUGUAAACUUAAGUGGGAGCCUCUCUAAUUACGAUAUGCCUUUACAAAGGCAUUCACGCGAGUUAUAUAUUCCUCGUGUUUGGUUGAUUUGAAUAGUAAUAUAGCUUCAGCUUUUAUAAACUCACAAAAUUUCCCAUGUGUAAUUCUUUGAGGAACGAGAAUGCAAUUGAUUGCCGCAUUGUUAGUGUUUCAUUCCUGCAAUAUGCAUGCGGCUGUCAGAUUAUAAUUUCAGUGAUGAUCUUUACUGGACCUUUAGGGAGAACAGUUUAGAACUGAUAGAUCUAUAUCCAGUAUAAAUAAAGUUAGUUUAGGUGUCUUCCUGUAGUAACACUAAGUUGGCAAGGCCCUCAUCGGAUGCAGUGCAUUUCAGAGCAUUGUAGCCGGAAUGGCAAAUUCUCGCCGUUUCAUAACUCACACUGUAGUUUAGAUUCCCACAAACUCUUGGAAGGAUUUUGGCACAAAGCAAAAGAUCUCUUGUAUAUUAAAGCGAGGGAAACUCUACCACAACUACCUACGCUGGGAACUAACUGCGUAUAAGGUUCUAGUUCGGUCGUCUUUGACGUCAGCGCGAGUAGAAAUAUUUGGGAAAUGCGUGUGUGAAAUUGUAAUCAUAUAGGGUGAAUGUAUAUGGAUUUCUGGUAUAUGCAUGAGUUGUUAAUGAGAUCUUUCCGUGUAAAGAUCAAGAAAAUAUGGUAUAUACAUUUCUAAUACUUAGGACUUAGGCUGAUGUUAUUUAUAAAGUAUACAGUAGUUUUGUCAUAAUGCUAUAACUGUGUUUCGCUAUGGCUUUUACAGGAUGAUAAAUUAAAAAAUCUGGCAGAGAUUGAAGGGCAAGAGGACUGGGAGAAGAUCGCGAGUUAUUUCGACGACCGAAGCGAACAUCAAUGUCUACAUCGCUGGGAGAAAGUUUUGAAUCCAGAGCUUGUGAAAGGCGCUUGGACGAAAGAGGUAUGUUCACGUUCGUCGUCCUAUGAUAAUGCUUUUUCAUUAUGUUAUCUAACAUGUCAUGUUUUCUAUCAGUUCUAAACUGUUCUCCUUAGAGGUCCAGUAAGGAUCAUCUCUUAUUGAUCCAGUGUUACUACAGAAGGAAACCUAAACUAACUUUAUUUAUACUGGAUAAACAUGUCAUGUUUUCUAUCAGUUCUAAACUGUUCUCCUUAGAGGUCCAGUAAGGAUCAUCUCUUAUUGAUCCAGUGUUACUACAGAAGGAAACCUAAACUAACUUUAUUUAUACUGGAUAGGCUCUAUCAGUUCUAAACUGUUCUCCCUAGAGGUCCAGUAAGCAGUUCUCCCUACAGUAAGAGUCAUCCCUUGUUCGUCCAGUGUUACUAUGCAAGCACUCACAAGUGAAUUUAAAUUAAUCUAUAUCUUGGUCACAGCAGCGAAUGUCACAUACACCCAAUUGAUAUGGAGUUAUUCAUUUGCGUUUAUAUUUUCACCAUCUAGGAGGACGAGCAGGUCGUUGUGCUGGUGCGAAGGUUUGGACCCAAACGAUGGUCGACAAUCGCGCAACAUUUACCUGGGAGGAUUGGGAAGCAGUGUAGAGAAAGGUUGGUUGAUUAGGGCGAUUGCUAUAGAUAGUAUACUUCAAAAUAAGGUUUCCGUUUUUAUAUCAAUUUUUAAAAUAGGUUAGGGUUAGGUUAAGGUUAGGGGUAGUAUUAGGGUUAGGGUUUAGUUUUGCGUUAGGAUAGUUUUUUCUACGUUAUAAAAACGGAAACCUUAUUUUGAGGUAUACUAUCUACUGUAGCAAUCACCGGUUGAUUAGCCCGGCUCAAGGUCUUAAAAUAAUUGAGGAGACAGAGCUACCCUUACAUUGACAUCAGUAAAUACGUUUAUAUUGACUAAAUGCGUUUAUAUAUUUCAAAUGUAUAAAUCCAAGUUUACUGUAUAGUAAAAUAGACAAGUUUAAAAAUAAUAAAAAUGCAUAUCAUGAAAACAUUGAUUUUUACAAUAUGACUCCUAUGAAACAUCGCCAUUUUGGCAGUUCAAUGAAUAAAAAUGACAGGCUAAAACUUAUUUCACCUGCCAAAAAAAUUUAAAUUGGCAGGCCAUAUUUUUUCCCUUCUUCGAGCCCUGAUCCCCUAUCAAUUUGGCGAUAGCUGUUGGGAAAUCCGCUCCCCAAUAGACCUUUCCCCCUUUUAAGUGAAAUUUUGAUCUAGAUAAGUCUGGACAAAAAUUUCAUCACAGCUUGAAAGAGCAUCACAAAAUUAGUAAUAUUCCAAAGUUUCGUUGCGAAAUGUUGUAAAAUGUGGAUAAUAUAGCCUUGAGAAGUUUGCCGUUUUUCAGUCAUUUGGUAUUACAAACGGGAAAUUUGAUGCAAAAUGUUAGAUUGUAAUGCAAAAUGACUGAAAAACGGCAAACUUCACAAGGCUAUAUUAUCCGCAUUUUACAACAUUUCGCAACGAAACUUUGGAAAUUACUAAUUUUGCGAUGCUCUUUCAAGCUGUGAUGAAUCAAAUUUUUGUCCAGACUUGUCUAGAUCAAAAUUUCACUUAAAAGGGGAAAGAUCUAUUACUGAGUGAGAAACUCAAUAAACAACGAAUAAACAUACCGUUGCAGUAUAUUUUCUCACUCCAUGUGAAGAAACAAAUUUGGACAGAAAGAUAAAACUCUGCAGUAGUAUUUCUACAUUUAGGAGAAAUGUUUUUUAGCAAUCUUUGAACUUUCCCUCGUAUAAUUCCUAAAUAUUUCUCAUAGUUAUGUAGUAUAUGCAUGUCUUCCUUGUAAAUUUGUUUAUUUAGUUCAGGACCUUUCUGAAAAUCACUUUGUGAGAAAGAGCUUCCUGAAAAUAAAUAUUAUUAAAAAGAAGAAACUCAAACUAAACUAAAUUCUUCUAGGUGGCACAAUCAUCUAAAUCCGGCGAUCAAGAAAACAGCUUGGACGGAGGAGGAGGAUAAGAUUAUUUACAACGCGCAUUCAAGAAUGGGCAACAAGUGGGCCGAGAUUGCAAAAAUGGUGCCCGGGAGGACCGACAAUGCGAUAAAAAAUCACUGGAACUCCACGAUGAAGAAACGCGUUGAAACGCAGGGUUACGAGGAGUACAAAGAAAAUAGAUAUAGAACAGUAAGUCUGUGGCUCCCCUUCGGAAAGGUCAAAUGAUAGUCAAAAUUUGACUCAAACUUAACGGUUCGUUUUCUUUUUCUUUCAAAGGGGAAAUACUAUAACAAAUCUUCGAGGCAAAAGGGUAAGCUUUGUAAAGUCGUCAGGCAAUAGUGAGAGUGAAAUACUAAAGUUAGGAACGUGAUGUAUCAGUGAUUGUCAUAGACGAAAUAGUGAUCGUAACUUAUUUUUAUUUUAGAAAAACGUAGGCCCCACUGGUCUCAUUAUCAAGUCUCUCGCGUGGAUUGCGCUAUGCAGCAGUUUCAGCCACAGAGCCUCACUGAGAUUCUACCCACUAUGGCAAGAGAGACAACUCAACCGAUAGAGACUUCAUUAAGCGAUUAUAAGAACAACAAUAAUCAGAGGUUUGUUUGAUAAAGUUAUCCAGUAUAAAUAAAGUUAGUUUAGUUUAGGUUUCCUCCUGUAGUAACACUGGAUCAAUAAGAGAUGAUCAUUACUGGACCUCUAGGAAGAACAGUUUAGAACUGAUAGAGCUAUCCAGUAUAAAUAAAGUUAGUUUAGUUUAGGUUUCCUCCUGUAGUAACACUGGAUCAAUAAGAGAUGAUCAUUACUGGACCUCUAGGAAGAACAGUUUAGAACUGAUAGAACUAUCCAGUAUAAAUAAAGUUAGUUUAGUUUAGGUUUCCUCCUGUAGUAACACUGGAUCAAUAAGAGAUGAUCUUUACUACACCUCUAGGAAGAACAGUUUACAACUGAUAAAGUUAUCCAGUAUAAAUAAAGUUAGUUUAGUUUAGGUUUCCCCCUGUAGUAACACUGGAUCAAUAAGAGAUGAUCUUUACUACACCUCUAGGAAGAACAGUUUACAACUGAUAAAGUUAUCCAGUAUAAAUAAAGUUAGUUUAGUUUAGGUUUCCCCCUGUAGUAACACUGGAUCAAUAAGAGAUGAUCAUUACUGGACCUCUAGGAAGAACAGUUUACAACUGAUAAAGUUAUCCAGUAUAAAUAAAGUUAGUUUAGUUUAGGUUUCCCCCUGUAGUAACACUGGAUCAAUAAGAGAUGAUCUUUACUACACCUCUAGGAAGAACAGUAGUUUACAACUGAUAAAGUUAUCCAGUAUAAAUAAAGUUAGUUUAGUUUAGGUUUCCCCCUGUAGUAACACUGGAUCAAUAAGAGAUGAUCUUUACUACACCUCUAGGAAGAACAGUUUACAACUGAUAAAGUUAUCCAGUAUAAAUAAAGUUAGUUUAGUUUAGGUUUCCCCCUGUAGUAACACUGGAUCAAUAAGAGAUGAUCUUUACUCUCUAGGAAGAACAGUUUAGAACUGAUAGAGCUAUCCAGUAUAAAUAAAGUUAGUUUAGUUUAGGUUUCCUCCUGUAGUAACACUGGAGACAAUAAGAGUCUGAUCCUUACUGAAUCUCUAGGAAAAAUAGUUUAUAACUGAUAGAGCUAUCCAGUAUAUUAUUGGUGCAACAAUUAAUUUUAAUCAUGACUUCAUUCAGCUGUAGAACCACCAACGCCCCACCAAACAGCCAAGCGUGUCAGACGACCAACGCGGACGACAUGUUAUCGCCGUUAAGAACAAUCACGGACGAUCUCAAGGAUCUUUUUGACCUUGAUCAACAAUCCUGGUCUGGAGUAAGCGGCUUUGAAAGUAAUGCUACAUGUAGUCCCGACCUGCAAUCCGUUAAAGGAAAUGGCAAAUGGAAUUCUCCUGGAACUAUUGGUAUGUUUGCGUAUGUUGGGGGCGUUUAGGGGUAUUGGUGGAACAGUGCACGUGUCUUCGAAAUCUGUGAUUCGGGUUUCAUUCCUGAAUAGUGAAUACGCAGUUGUCUCGAUAUGAUUUCACCACAGUCUCAUGUGAGAAGACCAGUUUACUAUAUAUCUUUAGUAAUAUUCGUAUUUCUUCUUGUAGUAACACUGGAUCAAUAAGAGAUGAUCCUUACUGGAGCUCUAGGGAGAACAGUUUAGAACUGAUAGAACUAUCCAGUAUAAAUAAUGUUAGUUUAGUCUAGGUUUCCUCCUGUAGUAACACUAAAUCAAUAAGAGAUCAUCCUUACUGGACCUCUAGGAAGAACAGUUUAGAACUGAUAUAUCUAUCCAGUAUAAAUAAAGUUUGUUUAGGUUUCCUCCUGUAGUAACACUGGAUCGAUAAGAGAUGACUCUUACUGGAUCUCUAGGAAGAACAGUUUAGAACUGAAAGAUCUAUCCAGUAUAAAUAAAGUUAGCUUUUAAUUCAUGGAUUACAUGUUUUUUUCUUAGGUUGUCGAUUCGACGGAAAAGCAAUAGCCUCUCUUGGCAACGGAAAAGGGUAUUAUAUUAUUAUAUAUUAAUUAACAUAUUUAGACAGGUUGACUUCUUCAGGCAGUGUACCGCCUGCUAUCAAUGAAGGACCUGUAUUUAUGCUAAAAUUAAUUAAGUAUUUAACUAAGAUUGUUUUCUUAUGACAUAGAAUGUACAAAACAUGAUCACUAAACAUACAUUAACAAUAGUACGAAAAUGUUCACAAUUACGGCGAACUAAAGUUAAAAGAUUCAACUUUUCUUUUAAAGUUAAUAUACGAGUUCUCAUACAACUAACAUUUUGUUUAAUGUGGAGUCCGUCUGAACUCAAGUUGUUCUUCCAUUUUAGAUCUCUGAUACCGAUCACCUCGCCUCUUGUUACGAACCGUUUUCGCACUCCUCCAGCUAUAUUACGGAAAGGCAAGAAAAGACGAGUAUCCUUUACAUCGCAUGUCUUUUUCGAGUUUAGUUUAGGUUUCUUCCUGUAGUAAUACUGAAUGAAUAAGUGAUGAUCCUUACUGGACCUCUAGGGAGAACAGUUUAGAACUGAUAGAGCUAUCCAGUAUAAAUAAAGUUAGUUUAGUUUAGGUUUCCUCCUGUAGUAACACUGGAUCAAUAAGAGAUGAUCCUUACUGGAUCUCUUAGGAAGAACUGUUUAGAACUGAUAGAGCUAUCCAGUAUAAAUAAAGUUAGUUUAGUUUAGGUUUCCUCCUGUAGUAACACUGGAUCAAUAAGAGAUGAUCCUUACUGGAUCUCUUAGGAAGAACUGUUUAGAACUGAUAGAGCUAUCCAGUAUAAAUAAAGUUAGUUUAGUUUAGGUUUCCUCCUGUAGUAACACUGGAUCAAUAAGAGAUGAUCCUAACUGGAUCUCUUAGGAAGAACUGUUUAGAACUGAUAGAGCUAUCCAGUAUAAAUAAAGUUAGUUUAGUUUAGGUUUCCUCCUGUAGUAACACUGGAUCAAUAAGAGAUGAUCCUAACUGGAUCUCUUAGGAAGAACUGUUUAGAACUGAUAGAGCUAUCCAGUUUUAAAUAAAGUUAGUUUAGUUUAGGUUUCCUCCUGUAGUAACACUGGAUCAAUAAGAGAUGAUCCUAACUGGUUAUUAAAGCUGGUUAGAAAUGAUUUGUGUUGUUUCUGUCCUUAACCUUCAUUCCCCAGCGUGAUGACUGCUGUAAUGCAUCCAAUACUUCGCUAAAUUCAACAUCCUCCUCUCUGAACUCAACCUCGGAGCCCACGCCCCAGAGUACCCCGAUAAAAUCCCUGCCAUUCUCCCCCUCUCAAUUUUUCAACAGUCCAAUCACAGCGAGGGGCGUGACCUCCAUUUGUACCUCUACCCCCUGUUCGUCUCGCCCCUCCCUCACGUCGACUCCCGUCUAUGGCCGAGAUUGUCUGAACACGCCCAAGAUUGAGACGUCUAGUACAUUCAGGACUCCUAAAAUUAGACGAUCAUUGCUCAACAGUCCUCGCACACCUACACCGUUCAAAGAAGCGAUGGCUACUUUUCAAUCUUCGUCUAUGGUAAGCAUAAACUGGGAAGAGAUUAUUUCGCUGGCCUCAGAGUGACAAAACGUAACAAAGCAACGGUUUUACUAACACUAACCGUACUCCAAACACCAACUCUAAUCCUAACCCUAACCUAACCUAACCCUACUUCAAAUUUGUUUCUAAACCAAUCUUGAAGAAAAAAGUUUUGACGAAAUGUGAUUCUGAGGUUAGCGAAAUAGUUGAUGCAGUGCUUUAUCAUUGUGUGCUUGAUUUACACAGUACAACUCAAGUUGUAAGCAGGUUGCAUGAGACAGUUUUAGGCAAAAGUUGUGUAGUGUCGUAGGUGAGUUGUGUGCUUGAUUUACACAGUACAACUCAAGUUGUAAGCAGGUUGCAUGAGACAGUUUUAGGCAAAAGUUGUGUAGUGUAAAUCGUUAUUCAGAUGGGUCGUUUACAACGUAUACGACCCUUAGCGUUUACAAUCUAUUUCGCAGGCAUUGAUUUUGUUUGUGUUGCAGGCAAUGAACGGUCAUUUGGAACAAGACAUCACGGAAAUCCUCGAACGAGGCGAGGCCGAAGCUGCGCAAGAAAUAAUUCCGUCGCUGCAUGACAACUGUUCAGCGGUCAACAUACAUCAAUCUUUAGAGGAAAGUUAUCAAGCAGGUUUACCGCAAAGUAUGUCGGGAACGUUCAUGACCACGAAUCAACCAAUCAUGUCCUCGAGUGAGCUUGCAACGUCAUCAGCAUCCGCUCACGUGGUAUGUCCGUGCAGAACUAGGAAUAGAAUGUCUUGUAUUUAGUCCUCAUCUCUGAUUAUAAUUUCACCUCAGUUACAUAUGAGACGACUGCUAAUUUUUUUGUCGGGUUUCUCCUGUAGAAAUACCAGACCCCUUGCUGGACUCGAGAGAGAGAGCUAUCCAGUCUAAAUAUAGUUAGUAUCCAGUCUAAAAUUGAUAGUUAGUUUUCGUUUCCUCCUGUAGUAACACUGGAUCAAUAAGAGAUGAUCCUUACUGGACCUCUAGGAAGAGCAGUUUAGAACUGAUAGAGCUAUCCAGUAUAAAUAUAGUUAGUUUAGUUUACGUUUCCUCCUGUAGUAACACUGGAUCAAUAAGAGAUGAUCUUUACUGGACCUCUAAGAAGGACAGUUUGGAACUGAUAGAGCUAUCCAGUAUAAAUAUAGUUAGUUUAGUUUAGGUUUCCUCCUGUAGUAAACACUGGAUCAAUAAGAGAAUUAUCCUUCCUGGACCUCUAGGAAGAACGGUUUAGGACUGAUAGAGCUAUCCAGUAUAAAUAAAGUUUAGUUUAGGUUUCCUCCUGUAGUAACACUGAAUCAAUAAGAGAUGACCCUUACUGGAACUCUAGGAAGAACAGUUUAGAACUGAUAGAGCUAUCCAGUAUAAAAACUCCUCUUUUGUUUUAUUUUGUGUUUAGGAAUUAGAGAACAAUGGCCUGGAUGGUUCCUACAUGUCACCGCUCUCUUCGUCGGCAGUCAAACCGCACGAGGUGUUUGGUGUGGGAGAUCAAUAUGUCACUCCGAGUAAAACUCUGGGUGGAAAUUUUAUUGAUCCGUACAGUCAAAUGUUGAGUCUGGUCGCAGCAAUAGAAUGUAGUCCUGUUCAGGUAGGCUGGAUGAAGGCUUUGAAGGCUGGUGUUUAUACUAUCAAAGUUUCUGUGAUCACAGUAGGAAUUUUGCAUGAAGUUUUGAAAGAUUUGUAAACGUUUGAGGCAGUGGUGGAUCCUGCAGUUGGGUUUUUUUUUGGGGGGGGGGUUGCUAACCAAUGGCGAAACGAGCGCCGAAGGCGCGAGAUUUCAAGGGUGGUCCUGGGCCAUGCUCCCCCGGAAAAUUUUUAAAAUUUGGGUCUCUGAAAUGGCAUUUCCAGCAUUCUGAGAAAACAUUCAGGAAAAUUUUUAGAUUCUCAAAACAUUUAAAAAUUCAGAAUAUUUAAUAUUGGCUAUUCCGCUAUUGUCAACUAGUGAUGCGCAACUGAAUUCCUUAACAUAAGUUGGUUAGAAUUAGGAUAAACGUCAUUUUUGCAACCCCCCAUGCUCCCCUGUUGACCAGAGCCUGGGGGGGUGCGACCUCCCCCGCCCCCCCCCCACCCUAAAUCCACCACUGGUUUGAGGGAUAGUUAAAGGCACAGUUCAGCCUUUUGAAUGAUGGUUUAAAGGCGCAUUUCAGCUCUAUGAAAAUCAAUUAUGCAUAAUUGAAGAUCAGUAAACUCGAUGUUUUUGACCGCAAUAAAAAUGUUUUAAAAUAUUAAAAACAUCACGUUUGCUGAUCUUGAAUUAUGCUUAAUUGAUUUCCUAGUUAGUUUUUUCAAUUAAAAGGGCUGAAAUGCGCCUUGAAAAACCAUGUUAGUGUGAACUGUCACCCGCGAACAGGCUGCGAGGGAGACUGUCAAAAGGCUGAACUGUGCGUUUAAAUUAAUGAAAUAAGCCUUUGUCAAACGAGAGUUGAUGACAGUUGGCAGUCAUGUGGGGGACGUUUUCAGCUCUAGUAGAUUAAUAUUACAAUUUUACUUUUGUAGGAAAUUCCACAGAAAUUCUCGACAGUGCCAAAUUUUUUAUUGUUUGAAACUCCGACGGGAAACAGAACUAUUUUACAAAAGGUACUAAGACCCGUUUACAGCAGUGACCUGCAUAUAUAUAUAUAUAUAUAUAUAUAUAUAUAUAUAUAUAUAUAUAUAUAUAUAUAUAUAUAUAUAUAUAUAUAUAUAUAUAUAUAUAUAUAUAUAUAUAUAUAUAUAUAUAUAUAUAUAUAUAUAUAUGUCUGGAGCAAGAACUUCAGUCAUUCUGCCUAUGAGAACAGUGAAGCCAAGAUGGCGCCAUUGUCGUCCAAUAGCUCUGAAGGUCGUAAAUAGUUUUUAUACAAUUUUCCACAACUUAUUCUAGUUUUUUUCUAACGGACUGUAUCGCUACAGGGUGUUAGCUAGCCCGUAUACUGUCCGUUUGACGGACUCUUCCCAAUUGAAGUAGUUAAGGGGCUGGAUCUACUGGAAGAUUUUCAUUUUUUCUGAUGAGAAAGUGCAUUGCGUUUGAUUUUAUAUUAUUAUAUCAAAGAACGUUUUAUUUAUUUUUUCCCAUUAACUAUUUUCUCAAAAUGUAUCACGUUUCAUUCAUAUUGGGUGUGUAUUCACUGAAAUGAAAUGUAUAAAACAAAGUGUAAUCGGUGUGCAUCCGUGUUCAUUCACCGGAAAUGAAAUGUACAAAACCAAGCUACCGUUGUUUGCAUCUAAGGAGAAACACGUUGGAAAAAAACACUAUUUAUUCCUACAUAAGGACUUUGAUCGGUCAAAAAAGCUUUCCCAAUUUACGUUUAACAGACUUUUUUCUGGCUAACACCCUGCGCUAAUCACGUUUUCAGUUCAUGAAAUCAUAAUAUUAAGCCCAGGUCACACUACACAACGAUAACGAUGCGAUAACUUGUAUACGCUCGCUGAUUGGUCAAAAAUUUAUCGUUAUCGUUCCACUGAAAAGAAAAUCGCUCAGGUGAGCGAUUUUAAAAUCGUUAUCGUUAUCGUCAAACGAUAAUUUUAUCAUUUUCGUUGUAGUGUUGACACUAACACAAUUUUUUUGCCAAUUAUCGCGUGUUUACAAUUUAUCGUUAUCGUUGUGUAGUGUGACCGGGCCUUUAGUCUUUAAAUCGAAGUCAAAAUACGAAAUUUCGGCGGCACAUUCCUUGCCAAGAUGGCGGAAAUUGAAGGGGCUAUUGGACAUGUCAGUCCCGAAGCUGGCUUCACUUCUCGCUCCAGAUAUAUGGAGUUCACUGUCUUACACUUGCAGUCAAUAGACAUUGCCCCGUAGGCUAAUGGGUGAUUCCAGCUACACACUAAAUUUUGAUCAAGGUAAGAAGAACGAAAUCCAACACCACAGCUAGAAAGAGCGUCUUAGAAUGAGUAAAACUGCAAAGAUUGGUUGCUAAAUGUUGUAAUAUAGCCCUGUCAAGUUCGCAAAUUUUGUGAUAUAUUUGUAUUACGCGCGGGGAAAGUAACCACUUUGGGCUCAAGAAUGGUACCAUAUUUCUCCCGCGCGUGAUGCAAAUAUAUACAAAAUUUGCGAACUUCACAGGGCUAUAGUUAGUGAUGGGCGAUACCAGGAUUUUUAAUUCGAUACCGAUACCGAUACUUUUAAGAUCGGUAUCGGCCGAUACCGAUACCUAUUUCGAUACCAAAAUGAACACAAAAUUUCAAUUUUCGAUACCGGAAGUGAGUACUUAAAUUGCUAGUAUCGGCUACUUUCGAUACCUGCCGGUCAGCGGAAAAACAUUUUACAUUACUGUAUGUAACCUAAAUAAAGCUAUAUGUAAACCAAAAGCCUGAAACGUAAUAAAUAUUUUCUAUACAUGACUUGGCGCAGCACAUUUGGAAUAUUAAGACUUAUUUUAGUGGUUCAUUAUUAAGUCUUAUUCAACCAAGAAGUGAAAUUAAACAAGUCGUUUAAAAAAGGGUGCAAGUAUCGAACGAUACCACGUCAGUAAUCGAUACCGAUACCGCUGUUUGUGGUAUCGCUGGUAUCGAAUACCAAGUACUCGGUAUCGCCCAUCACUAGCUAUAUUUUCCUCAUGUGCAACAAUUCGCAACCAAACUUUGCAAUUUUACUCAUUUUACGAUGUUCUUUCCAGCUAUGGUAAUGGAUUUCGUUCUCCUUGCCUAGAUCAAAAUUUCGUCUAAUGCUGGCUGGAAUCAUCCAUUGAUUUAACCUUCAAACGUUUUUUUAAUGUAGUCCUUUCAAGAAGUGGCGUGUGGUCAGACGGAAGAUCAGAAAUAUUUGACGGAACAAGCAAGACAAUUCGUUUACAGACAGACAGCUCGUUCGCUGAAAUUUACGCCACACACUUACGAACCAGAAAUGGCCAUGGUGUGAUUAUAUUAUGCACAUAACCAUAACAAAAAAUUUCAAUGAAAAUGAAGAUCAGAAUGUGCCUUUGGGCAGCCAUUGAUGCACUUUAAAAGCACAUAUAAAACUAUUUUGGAAUCUGAAGAAUAUAGUGCGUUAAUGCUUUCCAGAAAUUGAAUUAAACGGACUGAGUCCACCAGACACUACUGUUUUACCUAGACUACGUUACACUAUACAGAAUAGCCCUCCGGCUCCGUAGCGGCGCGAAAAAGCACCUAUCCGAUACGGAAUGUACAACUUUCAGAAGCUGAGCGAAACAACAUCUCUCCUUGGCAAUAAUUCCUAUGAAAAUAGCGUUCCUAAAACCUGUACGGAUAGGUGAUUAGGGACUGGUCAUAAAGUAACUGCUAGGGUGGGCUGGAGGUAAAUCACAAAUUUUGCCAAUAAGUUUGGUGACCCAUCUUAGGAUGAAGAUAAAAAUUUCAAAGCCCAUCUAAUCUUACAAAAUAAUUUUUAUGACCCACCCAAUUUAAAUUGGGAAAAUACACUUUUAUAAUAAAAAAACUUGCAGGUAUGAACAUUGUAAAUAUACACCGGCACUGUAUUGACAUACAUAAUUCCACCAAGCUUGACCAACACAUUCAUCACCAAUUACGAUACUGAGCUGCUCUCCAGUUGGUUGUAUUUGCUGUGAUUCGACCAGUUUUUGUUGUUGUAUAAACAAAGUACUGGCUUCAAUAUAGCAUCAUUUGCAUUUGAUAAUUUGGAUAGUUUUGUUUACUUUUAUUAUUAAUACCUUUAUUUUUUUACUUUAUGACCGGUCCCUUAUUAAUCCCACUACCUUUUGCUGUGUUAUACUGUUCCCUACAGAAUGUGUUUUCAUAUAGUUUAUGCACACUUGUCUAGUACAGAUAACCCCCACUAUGGUUAACGAAGGAUGCACCUGCGCCCUGAUUGGCUCAAAUAUUAAUUAGUGCACAUGAAAUGUAGUUUAUUAUGUACAAUUAAUCUGGUCUUUUGGCCUCAGCAAACUUUAUACUUCACCAGAUAUCCAGUAUUAUCAUGUAAGCAAAAUAAAGCAAUAUGGUUGGCUAAUUUACUCAUGAAUUAUUAAUGCAUUUGAGAUACUACAUUAUAAAACCUCCCUGUCUUUUUACAAUAAAGGUGUGGCAGCAACACUAUUGUACCUACUGUAUUGUACAUUGUACUGCAUAGUAAAAGGGGUAAACCGGCCGAACGAUAUAGAAUAUAUUCUUGUUUUCAGGUAACAACCCGAAAUCUGGGGGUUGGUGGACGUAUUUUUGCCAUUGAAAGCACGAGAACUAGAACGGGCAACAUGUUGAAGUUGAAAGUGAAUUUCUUGCCAGAAAUCAUUACUCUUGCAAAGGAGGUACAGUUCAAGACAUUUUGCAUACUUGUUAUAUGUUAAUAGUGCAUUUUUUUUGCUGGAUGAUCGACAGCCGCCUGUAAUAACACUGCUUAUUAGAUGCUAUGUUGAAAUACCUUGUGUAGAUUAAGAUUAAAAGCAUUUUGGUGUUUAUUAUAAAGAUUGAUAUGAUGAAGGACGGCAAAAAUAUAUCGCUAUUUUGAUGACAAGUAUUUAGUCUACUAUCAGGAUGUAGUUAAUGGUUGCUAUUUCUGUAUUAAAAAAAAUAAUUCGCCGUUUUGGUUUGGUGUUUUUUGCACACCUGCAUGUUUUGGAAAAUUUCUUCAUACCUUAAAAUUAACUGUGUAUCAGGUCUGAGAAUGAUAGUAGACCAAUUUCCAAUUCUUCCAGAUCGCGGUUUUUUUGUUAGAUCCAAUCUGAAAAUUUAACUUCACAAGCAGUCUUUCACUCUGAAUAUUGUCCACAUGCAGAAACACAACUGUAAUAAUUGCCUCCAUGUCACCACCGUGGCUAAACGGUCUCAUUUCCUCGAUUGAGUCUUUGAUUUAACUUAAACUUUACAAGAAAACAAGACGCCUUAUGCAAAGUGGUGUACUGUCGUAUUUGGAAAGGCGUUUUUAGAAAUGACGUAUCUGACCGUAGGCACUCGACUAUACAAAUCUUAGACUUAAACAAUAUUAGUGUGAAACCUUGCUCCUUGGUGAUUAUAACUUUCGUAUUAUGUUCAGGUUCGUAAUUUAAAGUGGCUAGGAUUCCGUGUUCCUCUUGCCAUCGUGAACAAAGCUCAUCAAGCCAACCAACUUUAUCCGUUUGCCAUCUCCCUAAUUGAAAGUGUUCGCACAUACGAAACAGCUUGUGAAAAGGUAAGCUCAUAAAUCCAUCUCACCCUACCCUUUAUCUUAAUUCAUCUCGUCUCUUCACCCUUUGCAUUAACCUCCAACUACUUUCCUCACUUUGUCUCCAUUUAUCACACUUUACUCACUUAGUACUCGCUUCACUUUACUUUACCAUUCUUUACUCUACCUUAACUUACUGUGCCUUACCAUUUUUCAUCAUGCCAUACUUCACCUUACUGUACCUAAUAUCCCGUAACUUUAAUUUUUAUAAUUUAUUAAUGAAAAUACAUAUGCAGCUCGGAAGCUGAAUUGCGUAUUUACAAAACGACAAACAAUUAGUCUAAAAUAUAUUAUAGAAAUAGUAAAAUACGGUAAAAUUUACUAAAAGAACUUAAACUAAUAGAAUUUCAAUGUGAUUCAAAUAAGAGUAUCUCAAACUGUGCUGAGUUCAAAUCCUAAUAGUUAUAAUUAAUUAUCUUGAAAGUUAUAUAAACAUAUCUGGAUUAAAAGUACUAGAUAAAAUGAUAUACAGUAUAAUAUCGUAAUAUCAUCGAGAUCAACCAUUUUCAUUGAUGGAAGACAUUUUAAAAGUGUUUCUGAACCGGUUGUUACUCCAAUUGUGGAUUGCAAAUGCCAUUUUAAACACUUCUCUCUUGUGUGAGAUUAUCCCAUAUCACUUUGCUAGUCCACGCGACAACAUCUCAUCUCUCAAAACUUUCUCAAUCUUUCUUUCCCUCCACAUUGCAUUUCAAAUCAACUUUCAGUACAUAAUCAAUUGUUUUUUUGAAAAGCCAAAAUGUGAUUUCUUUGGUAGGUUGAGAACAAGAAAACAAUCAAACCUUUAGUUGCUGGGUUGCAAAAAGAUAUUCAAACCUAUAUCGGCGAGGUAUGAGAAGUCUAACUUUUGGUUGCUAACUGUGAAAUCUUUGUUCUAGUUGUCUCUGUACGUGUAAAUAUAUGAUUGUUUAUUAGUUUUUCUAGUGUCUUCUCCGUUAUUACUUUUUAACACUAGACAGAUUUUUAAACAAGGUUUCAACCACCAUAAUAAGCGACUCCAGCUUCGUCAAAUUUUAUGUACUUCAACCAAUUUUACGCGCUUCAACCACUCUCAUAUUCAGUUGAAGUUUCAAAUUAAAUUGAUUACAUCAGAAAGUCAGCAGUAUAAAUAUAAUAUUAAAAAUCUCUGUAUUAUUGACCGUUUUCAUGGUGGUUAUCAUUUUGGAAAAAAUUAAAGACAAUUUUAAAAAGCCACUAAAAGAGUAGAAUAUAUUAAUGCGUCAAAAAUAUCAAGUGGUGGGGGGUGGGGGGUGGGGGGGGGGCUUCGGUGGUGCAGUCGUCAGAGCAAGUGCCUUUCACCUCUGGUGAGAAGAGUCUGUCAACGCUCUGCUGAAAGUCGCGAGUUUUCUCCGUGUGUUCUGGUUUUCCGAAAGUUGACAGGGUGGGUUAGGAUAAACAUAAUAAGGAAAGUAAUAUCACAAAUGUUGUAAAGAUGAAUAGUCUAUGCUAAGUAGGUACAGUAAUAUAAGUAAGCGUGUAUAAUACUUGAUGUAAUCGGUCACUGAAAAUCCCCAAUGCAUGGGGAGUGAACUGAAUAAUGUAUGUACCUUAUAUAUAUAUUGUGUAGUAUAAUUAUAUGUAAUAUGUAUGUUUUAUAAUUUAGGGUAUUGGUCUUACGUGGGAGUCGUACAAACUUGAUCCAUAUGUACAGAAGUUUGCUGAUGCUGUAAUUAGCUUUCAGGAGAAGGUAACUUAUUUGAUAAUAAGGUACGCAGUCACCAGUACGUCUGUAUAUACAGUGAUGCUUCGCAACUAGUAAGUUAUCUAUAUCGGUUAUACAAUCUUCUUCAACUACCUAACAGAACUAAGAUAAUUCUUUCACUGCCCAAACACUGCUCUGGAUAGGACACUUGGUCACUGUCCAGCACAAACUGCAUCUCAUUCAACUGCUAAAACGAUUGGAGUAGAGCGUGGAGAAGACUUAGUACUACUAUAGCAUGAAAAGCACGCAACUCCCGUAAGCUGUUCACUUCUACUCUGUAACGAUCAUGCUAGCACUACGGAUUACGAUUUACCUAACUAAUGUACUUAACUAUUACUGUAAGCGCUUUCUACUUGCACCACUCUUUCUCUUAUCUAAGGGGUACUGUAUUAUUUUUCAGGUCGAUGACUUAUUAGUUAGUGUUGCGAGAAUCGAAGGCGAAGUGGAAUCAUUAGCAUCAUGCAGUUACGAUGCAGCGACCUUCACUGAAGUGCUCUCCAGUAUCCAAAAAGCGGUCGAUGAAAUGAAUCUGUAUUCUUACACAAAUUUACCAUCAUGGGUGUCUAGUCUGGACAAAUCUGUAAGUAUAAAUAUGUACUGCUCGGUUUUCAAUUGUUCAGAGCUGAACAUUGCGAACAAACCAACAUAUGAAUAUUUUAACACUUGUACUCUUAUUCUUGUGAUCGCCAAAUUGAAGUGCUGGCUAUUCAGUUGGUCGACUAGCCUCUGAGGUAUAUGCUGUGUGGAAACUAUUUAUAAUGUACUCAUGUAAUGUAUGGCAAUCAGGUGAUAAAUGGAUUUCGAGGGUAUCGUAUAUUUAACAGUUAGAACAAAUUCACCUCCAAAUGUGGCAUAAUUUAUGGGCGUAUAUUUAUUUACAAAUUUUACAAAUUACGUCUCAACAAAAGUCACACUAUAUUUAAAUCAAGAUGCCUCGAAUUCAUUUUUUAUUUAAAAAUAUCUAUUUUAUCAAGGUUGAAGAAAAACUUUCUGUUCGACUCCAAGCUGGUUUGAGAGCAUGGACUGACCACCUUGAGGAUUAUAAAGAAGAGACCAGUAGGCCAGAGUUUGAUUCCGAUACCAACCCAUUGGUUGCCCAUAAACCUGGUGGAGAUCCAGAGAUUAAGGUGAGGAAUAUUAUUAAGAGGUUAUAGAUAAAAUAUGAGUUAAUAUGACAUUUUUCAGCAGUUGUUUUUUUUACAAAUUGGUAUACAGUGUAUCAUUGAAUUGCUAAGUUCAUAUCUUUUUUUAUCAUAGGUUCUGCGUCAUGAAGUACGAAUAACUAAUCAGAUCUUGUAUCUAUAUCCUCCUGUGGAAGGCGUCCGAGCUCACCUCCUUGGGGAACUUCAUGUAUGGCUUGGCUUGAUCCUAAAGUUACCUAGGAUUCAGAGUUCUAGAUAUCAGGUAAUGUAUUCACAGUACAACUAAACUUACACAAUCAGCAAGUGAAAGUUUAGCAACAUGUUUUGAUUAAUUAACAUUACUCCGAGAUAAAGGGGGCGGUAUAUUGUAUAACAUUGAGCAUCGCACUACUUCCUUAUAGAAUUAUUUUGGGGAUGGAAUUUAUUUAUACUGGUGUUACUUGAGACUUGUUGGGAAGCAAUUUUUAGGCGUCACAUGAUACUAUUGUAUCCUACCAUGCGGUCAUCGAAAUCACUGACCCUAAACUAUACGUAUUGCAUAGAAUUGUUAUUUACAGUACAUUAACGAAUCACAGUCAACCGUGAUGCUUCGCGCGUUAUGUGAAUGUUUACAUAUACGGGGAGCUAAAAAUAGUGUUGUCUUCGAAAAUAGUCAUAGACUAAAAAUGAUAUACGUUAGCUUACCCGCUGGUGUUUUGACGAAAUCCAGAUCCCUGCUCCAUCGGACGAACUGCGUGAAUGUAGCAGGAUUUCGGCGAACUCGCUAUGCGAAAGCCCCCGUAUUCCCAGGCUUUCUUUCCUUUCCAUCCAAAAGACGUACGUUGAACUUGUCCACGAUAUUCUUUGUCAUAUACCCUCAUUUGGUGGUCUUCCACGAACGGAAAAUACAGAAGCCAUGAUUAGCAGCCAUCUACUUUAUAAAAUGAGAAAACUUUCUAAAAUCAUUGGUUAAGAUAAACACACACGCCAAAAUCUCAAUCAAUGAUCUAUUAACAUAUUCCAACUAUGAAAAAUAUGACAUCGUCUAAGAAUAAUGCAGAUUGAUAAGGAUGCGCUUCGAUGUCAAUCUUUCGUUACUAAAGUGGCCAAUAAAAUGGCGGAAUACAAAACAAUCAAAACAUUUUAGCGCGCUUUAAGCUUAAAAUAAUAGUCUUUUUCCAUCAAGGUUGGUCUUGAUAUGGACGAGUCAGAUUCUCACACGAGUUAUCGCAAUCUUCUCACAAAACUCCCUGACGGUCCAGAGGUGAUUGAGGGUGCAUACCAAGCUGUUGAAAAGAAAGUUCAAGAAGUUGAGAAAUACGUUGAAGUUUGGCUUCGUUAUCAGUCAUUGUGGGAUAUGGAAACUAGUCUUAUAUACAACAAGCUUGAGAAUAACCUGGAGAGAUGGACAAUCUUACUGAGGAAUAUCAGGUACUGUAUGUAACACUGCAUGGGUUGGCAGUUGCCCAAGAGCGAUAAUUACUGUAGCUCAUCUGGUAGGGAGUCUUGUUCCACCUUAGUGUAUUGUGGAGAAUUAUUGAUCAUUAAAACCCCGUACGAAAUCUUUACGAGUUACAACCAUAAAAUAUUUUUCAAGCCAUUUCGCAGAGAAUUAUAAACUUCCUAAAAAUAUAACAUUAAUACCUAAUACAAGAUGAGCUUAGCUCCUUUUUAUGUUCUUACACCGGUUCUUACGGUUUUCAUUUUAGGAAAUCUCGAGUUACCUUUGACACACAGGAAACAAGACAACAGUUUGGUCCUGUAACAAUUGACUUCCAACAGGUAUUGUUUACACCCUAUUGUUUAACUACAGCAUUAGCAGUUGUACUGCGAUCUUUCAUAUGUGAAAGUUUUUUAUAUCUAUAAAGCUUGUAUCUUUAAAUAACUGACUCGUACCCAGUGGUCAAACCGAACAUGAUUUUACAAUUUGAAAGACUAUUUGGAGGGACAAUAUCUAUAGUAACGUUUUGCUUUAUACAGAGUUGGGAAUUUUUUGUGUGAAUCACCUUUUUACUUUUACUUUAAAUACUUUGUUUUCCUCAUUUUUAAAAUAGUAUUUUUCAAUUAGAGCUGGAAAUUUAUUUGCAAACAACUUGCGUAGCAAAAAGUAUUUUAUGAAUACUGUACAUGUAGGUUUUGUAACUACAAUACACGUCUUCUUCAACGACUAUAAUAUUUGACAAGCUAACAUUGUUUUGCAGGUACAAUCUAAAGUAAAUCUCAAGUAUGACAGUUGGCAUAGAGAACUUCUCAGCAAGUUUGGAUCCAUGCUUGGCACUAACAUGCAAGAAUUCUAUGGAACUAUAACAAAGGUAAACGUUUACGACGGAGAUACACUUUUGCCAUGGCUUGCCGGGCAUGCUUGACUUCGAUCUUAUACGCACGUUUGUACCUAUAGUCGAAGGCAUUACGCAAUAAAUAAGCAUUAUGGUUCCUAAAACAAUAGUAAGAAUGAUUGGGGAAACUACCAACCUAACACUUCCAACCUUGAAAGGUGUAAUAAAUUAUAUUUCGCACUAAAACAAUGGACACUCCGAAAAUGGUUAUCAUGAACAAUUGAACAUAUAUGUUUCUCGUUCACAGUCUCGAACUGAUUUGGAACAACAUUCAGUAGAAGGAUCAUCGACUUCCGACUCUGUCAGUUUCAUCACCUUCGUUCAAUCCUUGAAACGCAAAUUGAAAAACUGGGAGAAAGUGAUGGAGGUGGGUAAAAUGUUUAUUGAGUGCUGGCUUUCUUUAUUAAUCACAUUGUUUUAAUUUUAUUUUAUUUUAAAAAUUCGCACUCCAAAGGCAGGUGUACAGCAAAAGGACACUAAGUCCCCUACAAGACUUGUACACCAAUUGUUUGUUGGUUUCUAAGCUACCAAUGCUGUGUUAACCAUGUACUUUAUAUUCCUUGCCUUUUUCUAGAUUUACAAAAAUGGUCAGCUAAUUCUGGAAAGACAAAGAUUCCAGUUUCCUUCACAGUGGUUGUAUUAUGACAACGUUGAGGGUGAAUGGGGAGCAUUUAACGAUAUCUUGAAACGAAAGGACAUUUCCAUCCAGAAAGAGGUCAGUGCGUGUGGGCAAGUACGCAGAUCAAUGAACCGGAGUUGUGGUGUAGUGAACGAUAUCUGUACCAAGGGCCAUCGAGAGGUUGCGGGGACCCGGGACAAAACUUUCCCAGGGGGGCCUUGUGACGUCAUGAAAUUUUCUGAGGGCCCUUAUGACGUCACAAUUGUAAAACAGGAGUAUUUAAAAGCUGUGUUUUUAUUGCAUAUUAUCCGGCACUGAGGAUAUAUAUUCUCGAUUAAGAUUCGUCGUUUUGGGGGCCCCUAGCUAGGGGCCAGGGGAAAAAUGCACCCCCCCACCCCCCCACUAGUUUCCUCCCUCUUGGUGGCCCUGGUUAUACGAAUCCUUUUAACAGGAACGAGCUGAGGCAAAGAAUUAAUGCAGAAAUAUAUUUAGCCACAACAUUUCUAUCGAGGAUGGAUAAGAGCACAUUUGCUUCACUAAAGCACAUUUGCUUCAUCUAUGAGUUUGUCCAAUUCCAAAGUGAUUGAAGGAUAUGUUUAAGGCUUGGAACUUAAACAAAAUUUGAUUUAACAGGAACAUGCACAGCUUCAGAGUCCCUGGCCAAAGUUGAAAAGCUGUAAAAGCUAUUUCCAUGUGUUUUUUUUUCAAAUCUUAAAGAAUACAUUUCCACAUUGGCUUAUUUGGACAUCUUGUGACAACGUAUAAGGGAUGAGGGGAAGUGCAUAUUGGUUGCCCUCUAGCUUUUACCAACUGUGACCUUUGAAAGUUUAGCUUUUUAACAUCCUAAAAUCCUAUACGCUUUAAAUACUGAGUACCAUUUCUAAAAAAUGUGAUGCGUGUGUUUGUUACAGGUGUCAAUGUUACAAGUAAAGAUCAUAGCUGAAGAUCAAGCCGUAGAAGAAAGAACCACAGAAUUUCUCAAUGAUUGGGACAAAAGCAAACCUGUUCAAGGCAGUACUCGACCUGAUGCUGCUCUCAAGUCACUCGCUGUUUAUGAAGGAAAACUAAGUCGACUCAAGGAAGACCGAAGUAAUGUUUCUAAAGCCAAGGAGGCAUUGGAACUGCAGGAACAAGGUACGUGUUCAGAAGGUCCUAUGGUACUGUAUUUGUUAUCUGAAUAACAAAAUCGUGAGUUCUUAUUGGUCGAAUUGGUUACAAUUGUUUCGUUAUUUGCACUUGUAUAGUAUAUGCAAUAUUAGAACGAAUUUAGCAUAUGGAAAUGAUGGUUGUAUCGAAUAUAGAUUUGCGUUGUAAAUACUCGGAAAUAUACAUACUAAGUAUUCUGUAUUCAACUUAUUUUCAAAUGAUGUUUCAGUGUUGUUCCUCUUUCAAGUAAUGUCUUUAUCAAGCGAGCUGACGUGAGAUACUUCAGAUACCGAUUUGAGGUUUCUUUGAUGGUGAAUUAUACCCUCAUCACCCAUGGAUGAUUUUCAUGAGGGGCGUCACACAAAUUACAUUCUAAAAACUAAUAUAAAUUAAAUAUGAAAUAGAAUAACACAGAAUAACAAAUACGUAGAUAAAAAAAGUUAAAAAACCCAAGACUAUUCGAUGCCUCACUCUGUUGCACACAUUAUUUCAUCAAAUUUUUGAAGCUACUUAAAGAUUCUGUUUGCUUUGCCUGCGUAGGUAAGCUAUUCCAUAGAACAGCCCCGCUAUAUCCAAAACUCUUUUUUAAAUAUUCAGUACGUGGUUUAGGAACUGAAAGAUUUAUAUCAGCAUUUCUGAGAUUAUAAUUAGCACUAAGAUUUAUGUCCCUUGUUAUAAAUUUAUCCUUUAAGUUCGGAGCUGAGUGGUUGUUUAAUAUUUUAAACAUCAGGACCGAUUUAUUCAUUUUAUGUCUGUCGUUCAGAUUUUUCCAUGACAUAGCAUGGAGCAAAUCUGUCGACCUGACAUCAUAAUUGGCACCUGUCAUAAUUCUUGCCGCCCUAUUUUGUAGUUUUUGUAAUUUCUCUUUGAGCAUGCUUCCACAAUUAUCCCAUAAAGAUGAACAAUAGUCAAAAUAUGGGAGAACGAGAGAAUUAUAUAAAUUUUGUAGUGUUUCGGACGGUACAAACGGCUUUACUCUUUUGAUGAUUCCAAUACCGGAGCCAACUUUCCUACAUAUUGUGUCUAUAUGGUUUUCCCAGCUCAUUCUUUCAUCUAGUUCUACUCCCAGACAUGGAAAAGAGGAAUAUCGAGUAACCGGUUUAUCAUUUAUCAUAACCUGUUCAUUACCAACUUUGUUUUUUAAGUUAUAGGGUGAUCCUAUAAACAUUGCUUUUGUCUUUUUUGUGUGAAGUUGCAAUUUUUUUGAUUAAGUUUGGUUACUAGUUCGGAGAAACUUGCGGAAGAUGCAUAUAUUUGAGUAUCGUCAGCAUAUAUGCCAGGAGUUGUGUUUUUCAGACAUCCUGGCAAAUAAUUUAUAUAUAGUAAAAACAUGAGGGGUCCCAAGAUAGAUCCCUGUGGAACUCCGCAUACAAUUUCCUUAGCCAACGAUGUGUGGCCAUCGACAACACAAACUUGGCUUCGUUUCGUCAAGUAGGAUUGGAACCAUUUUAGCUCAAAAUCUUGAACACCAAACUGGUCUUGCAUCUUCCUUAAUAGGAUUUUAUGAUCAAUAGAGUCAAAGGCUUUCCUAAUAUCAACUGAAAUUAAUCCGGUUAUUUCUCCAUUAUCCAUAUUUUCAAACCAAUUGUCACUCAUUUCUAUUAAUAAGGACAGUGUGGAAUGUUUCGGCCGGAAGCCCGAUUGAAAACGUGGAAGUAGAGAAUUGUCUAUCAGAUAUUGAUAGAGCUGUCCAAAUACUUCUUUCUCAAAUAAUUUGCUGAUAAUGGGAAGAAUAGAUAUCGGGCGAUAGUUUUCACAUUUCGUUCUAUCUUCUGUUUUAUAAACAGGUAUUACCCUAGCUCUUUUCCAAUCAUCAACAUAUAUCCUAGUAGAAAUUGAGAGAUUAAAUAUAUAGGUCAAGGAUGGGGCAAUAAUAUCGCAGGAUAAUUUCAGUAUUUUGGCUGGUUUUCCAUCAGCCCUGGUAGCCUUGGAUACUUUUAGAUUUUUCAGGUUUUUUAGAAUAUUGGAUUCAGUAAUUGUAUGGAAAUAGAAUUUUGAAUUUACACCAGUUGAAUUACAAAAAAUUCCUUAAUUCUUGUUUGAUAAUGGACAGUUUUGGCCCUUUUCAUUUCCGAGUUAACUUUAUUUCUCUCCGAUUUAUAUUUAUCCCAGUGAACCUGGGAAUUAUAUUUCUUUGCUCUCUGUUUAUGAUAGUCUCUCGAUCUUAUUAGUUUUUUAAUGUUGGAAUUUAUCCUGGGAACAGAGUUGUGCUUAAUGCUUUUAUAAAUUAAGUGUGCAUGUCUGUCAAGAGCUUCCAAAAAAAAAAGAUUUCCAGACAUGCCAAUUAUCGUUCGGGUUCAUAUACUGUGUAGCUAAAUACCAAGGUAUUCUGGACAGUUCCUCAAUAAAAUCAGUUUCAUUAAAUCUUUUGAAAUUUCUAACUUUGGAACGGGUUUGCCUAUAUUUAGGCAUGGUCACUUUUUUCACCGCAUAAAUUAAACUGUGAUCUGACAUUCCCAAGUCAAUAACACCACUAUUGGAAAUGUUAUUGGGUUGAUUGGUGAACACUAGAUCAAUUAAAGAUGAUGAUGUGCUUGUGACUCUAGUUGGCUCCUUGAUCAAUUGCUCUAAGUUAUAUAAUGUGCUCAGAAAUAUUAACUUUUUGGUACUGGAGUCUUUUGGUGUCUUAAUCAUACUACAAUUUAUGUCACCAAUAACAAUCAACUCCUUACUUUCAGCAUCACAUUUACUAAGAAAUAUUUCAAAGAAAUCAAAUAAUUUCAUCUCAGAGUUGGGCGGCCUGUACCAUGCACUAAUGAGAAAUGGCCUACUUCGUGGUUUACAAAUCUCAAUACAAAUCAUUUCAAGAUCAUCUGAAUUUAAAUCCUUCCGCUCAUAGAAGGAAUAUAUCUCUCGAAUAUAAACAACCACUCCACCCCCAAAUCUAUUGCGAUCUUUUCGAAUCUCGAGGACUCUUUGUUUUUUUUUAGUCGAGGACUCUUUGUUUUUUGCCCUAUUAGAUAUUUUAAAUUUAUGGAAGGCCUUUUCACUGGAAAAAGUUGCAAAGCUUGUGAAAGUCCAGUUGCUAAGAACAAUAGCGUAUCUUAUUUAUUUACAGAUUAGUUAGGGUAACAUAGGGAUAAAACAAGUAUUAUUUAGUAUUGAUAUUUUUGUGUUCUGGUCAUUUCAGGAGCUACGAUGAUCAGUGAUGAACGUGUUCAGAUUGCGAUGGAAGAACUGCAAGAUUUGAAAGGAGUCUGGAAUGAAUUGUUAAAGAUUUGGGAGAAGAUAGAUGAAAUGAAGGAACAACCUUGGCUCUCUGUACAACCACGUAAAGUAAGACACUUUACAGUUUUUUGUCACUUUCCUGAUGUGCAUGCAUGUAGAUUUUAAUCCUUCAAUAUUUUUUUAAUUCCUUAAAGUUGGCAAAGUUUUGUUACGGGCAAAUUUAAUCCUUUGCAUUGGAUGAACGAUAUCAACUAUUUAUUUUCAUAUUUGCAGAAUUGAUAUUAUAACUGAAAUUAGUUAAACAUUGUAAAUAAUACAUCAGUGGAGUGUUCAAUUAAAGUCAAAUCACUUGCUGAAAACUACCUGGAUGUCACAGCCGUGAAUCAAAAGUAUUACGUAGUAUUUAAAACACAUAGUGUUUUUAUGCAUAUAAUCGGCUCCUGAGAAGCUAUUGUACAUUUCAAAACAAUGCUAUCGUAUUUCUUUUAGUUGCGAGGUUCUCUUGAUGCUCUAUUGAAUCAACUGAAGAAUUUCCCAGCUCGUCUCAAGCAGUAUUCGUCGUAUGAACACGUACAGAGACUAGUCAAGGGUUACAUGAAGGUAAGAAUUUAAAGGCUCAGUGUCACCGCCUGUUGAACGAUGUUAUUUAAUUGCAAAAAAAUUACUGCUGUGCGUGCGCACAUGGUCCAGUUUGGAAACUUUCGUGUAGAAAAUCAAAUAAAGUCAGUAAAUUUUGGCAAUUAAAUAACAUCGUUCAACAUGUUACACUGAGCCUUUAAGAUAUCCAUAAAUCUAGAAAGAGAUUACUCUUUCUACCUUCCCAAUGAGUACUCUUUUUGGGGGGAGGGGUAAUUUUCUUGUCUGGUGUCAGUGGUGUGGAUCUCAUGCGGCACCCAAGAAAAUCUCCUAAUAUAUAUGCUUAAUAGUCUCGAUAAGAAGUGAAACUACCUGCACGACUUGUUGGUAAUGAUUUGGGACAGUAUAGUUACUGGUAAUGGUUAGAUAGAAAGACUUCACUGCUUUUUAUUACCCUCCGACGAAACGUACUAUUUUGGCCCAAAAUAACUGGUCUAUAUGUGAUUCACUUGAGAACGAGGAUUUGAGUAAUUUAAAUUUUAUACUGUAUUUGAGUGUAAUACUCCAUACAAUCAAACUCAAUUCCAAACGAACUUAAUCGCAGUACUAAUAGCCAUUGUAAACGGAUCUAUAUGAUUCUGGUCUUACCGGAUGGCAAUCAUGUAUGUAUAUGAUGUUUCUGUGGUAAGAGAGUGGAAUUGGCAAAGUUGUGUACUGCCAAAUGUAAUUCUAAAUUUAUGUUCUCAGGUCAAUGUCCACAUUGUUGAACUAAAAUCUGAAGCAUUAAAAGAACGUCACUGGAAACAGUUAAUGAAACAACUCCGUGUGAAAUGGGUCCUUAGUGAUCUCACUCUGGGCGCUGUUUGGGACGUGGAUCUUGUCAAGAAUGAGGGCCUUGUGAGAGAUGUGAUUUUGAUUGCUCAAGGUGAAAUGGCCUUGGAGGAAUUCCUUAAACAGGUUUGUCGAAGCGAAGUUAAAGUAAACGUUUUCACGUUUUUACCAAUUUAUAGGAUUGGUUUAUAAAAUGUAACGACCUUCUUCGUAUAGGGUAUAGUAACGAUAAUCCUCAUCGAAUACUUAAUUUUGAAUAACUAUAGAAACAUUCACGAGUUCUUGAAAAACAAGAUAUAAACUUUUCUGUACUGUAUAUAGUGUGACAUUUCGAGUUGUGUCAAUUCAGUUUGAUAAUGAGUUUAAAUUAGAGUCCAAAUACGACCUUGAAAUUUGCGUAUGUUGUACAUUCAUCUAUUAGGAUCAGAUUCCGCCUCUCACCGAACCAAACUUUUAACCACCUCGUUAAAAAGAACAAGUAUAAACUGAAGAAACGAUAUCUUCUAUAAUAUUCACACAAUGUUCACGUUUUCUACUAGGUUCGAGAUGUAUGGCACACCUUUGAACUGGAUUUGAUCAAUUAUCAGAACAAAUGCCGAGUUAUUCGAGGUUGGGAUGAUUUGUUUACUAAAGUCAAGGAGCAUUUGAACAGCGUUACUGCCAUGAAGUUGUCGCCCUAUUACAAGGUAUGGUAUUGUUUAUGAUAUAAUCUUGAACUGUCAGUGUAGGUAGUGCCAAUAAUAUAAACAAGCUUUCGUUGGUAGUGAUGCAUGCAACUACCUGAAAAUAUAAGUAGUGAUUGACCGAUAAUCGGCAUCGGGCUGAUUUUCACCUUAUCAGUAGACAAUCGGAAUCGGUAGAAUUAUCUAUAUUUAAUUCCGAUUGUAUAAAACCGAUUGUUCAGAAAACACGCACUUUAAAAAUUAUAUGCAUUGCAGGUUGAUACACGUUGCGUUUUAACGCAUAUGUUAAAUUAAUGCGUGAAACGUAUCAUUUAUUAACGGUUUUGACGAUCUUUGGUUGCAGUAACAUGUUACGUUGGAAAUUAUCUUUAAAAAAUCGACAUGAAUGACGUCACCUUUACUCGGUCGACUGAUAUUAUGACGUCAUUAUAAAAAAAGUAACGGCAUCGGUAUCUGGCAGAUUGUGGCAUGAAUAAUCGGUAAUUUCCGAUUGUUGCAAUCAUUAAAUAUAAGGACUAGUAACUCCAGACGAAGGACCUUCGCUUGAAACGUCGAAAUUCUCCUUAUAUUUUUCAGGUAGUUGCAUCCCUACCAACGAAAGUUUGUUUAUAUUGUUUAUGAUAAUUGUUGGUUAACUGGAUAUCAGUAAAUAGAAAUAGGAUUAUCGUGUCAUUAACAACAGAACAUCUGAGGUUGUAUGGUCCCGUAGUUUGUCAAUGCUAGUGAGCGAUCUAGCUCUUGUAGGGAAAAAUUACAAUUUAGCAAAGGCAAAACUGCAUGGCUAACAACAGCAAUGACCAAAGAGCAGAAAUCUAAUAAUACAUUUAAUUGAAGUAUAGUAACGACAGCAGUUUGCUGUAUUUCAAACAAAGAGUACGUGCAUGUAGAACUCUGGUAUACCCUCUAUAAGACCUCAGACGUACAGUACUGUGUAUAUACGUACUAUACUUGUGCACUGACCAAGCCAGGAACAUUAAAUAUUACCAUGAUGUUAUCUUGGCAGUACCCAGUGCUAUAUCAAACUGCAGUGCCCACUCUGGGAGACUAGAUAACCACGUCUUACCGGCUGAUAUCAUCUGCAGAUAUUUGUUAUUUAUAUACAUCAUAUAUCUCCUCUUUGUCACCUUUUCUUCUAAUCGCUCGUCUCGCACCCGUUCAAGCAAGGGCAACUUGCUUCAAGUCAAUCCGUGCAAAACCUCUCUUUUUAGAAACUCUUUUUUAACCGAAUUAUCUUUCUAUGGAACAAUAUCUCUCCGAUCAUUUGUAACAGUUCGUCUGUUUCAUCCUUUAAGCUCCAGCUCCAUAUUCACUACUCUUCUCAAUUAGACUCUUCUUGUCGAUGUUAACAGAAUGCGCGCAUGGAAAACCUACUGCUCUAAAUGCAGUUCUUUCAACUUAAGCUGUUGCUCAUAAUCUAACCUAUUAAAUUUUAUAUAGUUUUGUAAAUAGUGUUCUAGUCCUUGUUUUAAUGUAUAUCUACUUAUUGUUUUGUAUCAGGUUGGUCUUCACAUGGGACUCAUGUCCUGUUGACCAUACCUUCAAUCACUGUUAUACUUUUCUAUGAUUGUAAAGUUAAUAAAUAUAUAUCUACCGUUAAUUUAAGGAAAAAUGAAGACGUUUAUAAACAAGACGAUUUGACAUUCAAAGCAAAUUUUGGAAAACUUUUAGGUAUUUGAAGAAGAUGCUCUUCAGUGGGAAGAGAAACUGAACCGUAUUCACGACACAUUUGAUGUAUGGAUUGAUGUUCAACGUCGCUGGGUGUAUCUGGAUGGUAUUUUCAGUGGAAGCGCUGAUAUAAAGACCUUGUUACCUGUAGAGACACAAAGAUUCCAAAGGUAAGUUCAUUUACAAAACGCUAUACGAUAUAUGCUUCUUUAAUUGCCAGACGGCUCUUCCUGUAUUUUGUAAAACAAUAGUCACACACAAUAAUUACAGAGAGAUUUCAUACGCACGUGCGAAAUAGGUUUCUUGCUCUUUCUGGCCUGAAUUUACCAUUCCAAAUGUUGAAACAGGGCAUAAAUUUUCCGAAUACAAGUAGAAUUAAUAAAUAUACAUUGAUAAAUCCAAGUAUAUGCAUGUAUAGGACUAGCAUUUAUCCGUUGACUCACUAGAUCUUUUAUAUAGAUCUUUUAUACUGCAAGUUGUUCUUGACUUACCUUACAUUUUAGUCCAGGGUACAAGUCGCGGCUUAUUUCCGGGGUUUAUUUUUGAUUCUAUCAUUGUGGUUCAAAUCAUUCUUGAUUUUAGCAUGUAAAUUUAUAUAACUGAAAACCAGUCAGUGCUUUAUCAGAAAGUGAAAGAUGUCUCUGUGUAUUUGCAAUUUCUCGAUAAAGUAUUGUGUUUUAUACGUUGUCUUAUUGCCUUGUAGCAUCAGUACGGAAUUUCUGACGUUGAUGAAGAAAGUGUCAAAGUCUCCGCUAGUUAUCGAUGUCCUGAAUAUCCAGGGUGUUCAACGACAGCUGGAACGUCUUGCUGAUCUGUUGGGAAAGAUCCAGAAAGCUUUGGGAGAAUAUUUGGAACGCGAAAGAGCCUCAUUUCCAAGGUACUGUAAUGAUGUUUUAGACAGGUAUUGUGAUCUGCGACUGCGACUGCUGACAGAAGAAGCUGUUUUCAAUUGCAAGCACAUCGUAACGAAAGAAAGAGUAUUUCGUUGUUUGGUAUUGUGAGCACUAGAACAGAAUUGCAUUACAACAUGACAAUACAAACGCUACGGUAUUUUCGAAUAUGCAAAACACACUUUAAAUCCAGUCUCAGUAAAGCUGUCACUCGGACGACUGCUCAGAAAGGCAACUUAUGAUAUACUUUGUGUUUCAGAUUUUAUUUCGUCGGUGAUGAGGAUCUAUUAGAGAUCAUUGGAAAUAGCAAGACCAUUCCAAAACUGCAGAAACAUUUCAAGAAAAUGUUUGCUGGUGUCACGAGUAUUAUCUUGAACGAAGAAGAACAGAUCAUUGCUGGAAUUUCAUCAAAAGAAGGCGAAGAGGUAAAGCUUCCUAUAAAUUUUCACCAAAGUUACUGUAUAUUCGUGACUACAAACACGCUCAUUACAAUAAAUCCGUUUUGAAAUUUUAAACACUUUUAGGUGGCUCAAUACAGUUUUUGAAAUGUGACAAAUCGUGACUUAGAUUUAAUUUUUUGAAGAGAGGUUUCUUGUUAGAAGACAAAAAUUGUACCACAUAUAUUGAACAAUCUUCUAAGAGUUGAAAAUUGUUCACAAAAAUCAUGUCAUAACCGUUGCUAUGGUAACAAUGACGUUUCAAUAUGGCCUACAUUUUACCUUUUAACACAUUUUACUCGAAAAAAGGCCGGUUACCCCCAUUUUUUAUUUCGUGAAACGUUUUCAUUUAGAAAAAUGAAUGAUGUGAACAAGUUUAAAAAAAUUCUGUAGAUCAGAAUUUUUUAAAAAUUAAAAAACGUGAUUUUUCAUGUUAAAUAUUUUUUUGGAUCUACAGAAUUUUUUUAAACUUGUUCACAUCAUUCAUUUUUCUAAUUGAAAACGCUUCACGAAAUAAAAAAAUGGGGGUAACCGGCCUUUUUUCGAGUAAAAUGUGUUAAAAGGUAAAAUGUAGGCCAUGAUAUUGAAACGUCAUUGUUACCAUAGCAACGGUUAUGACAUCAUUUUUGUGAACAAUUUUCAACUCUUAGAAGAUUGUUCUAUAUAUUUGGUACAAUUUUUGUCUUCUAACAAGAAACCUCUCUUCAAAAAAUUAAAUCUAAAUCACAAUUUUGUCAUAUUUCAAAAACUGUAGGGAGCCACCUUAAGAACAUCUUGUGUACAUGUACUUCAUGAAAAUAAAAUUAUGGGCAUAUAUGCAUUUGUCCUUCAAAAUUUGCCAAGAGUUCGACGUGUAUGCUGGGUGAGUAAAAAUCGGGCUAGAUAUGUCUGUGUCGAGGUUAGAUUUUUCAGAACUAAGAAUUUUUUAAAUGUGGAAAAGAUAUUUACCGAAAUGUUCCACAUAUGGUUAUUACAAAUUAUUUAGAAAUCUGGUAAUUUUUACGUCUAAUAAACUGUAAAUAGCAUAACCUGGUAACUGAGUCAGCCGUACAGUAGUCAGAAGUACAGUAAGCCCUAGUCUGAUGAAAAGCAUGACAUGUCGAACCUGGAUUGCUAUUGUUUGUUUUCCGCGACGACACUGUUGUUCCAGCAGGAGCGUCGACUUUUUUCUGCAGUCUUCAGUAAAUUGAGUGUUUUUAAUAAUGUGCUAUUCAAUGUAUACAGGUUACAUUCAAGACGCCAGUAUCACUGAAAGAACAUCCGAAGGUCAAUGAAUGGCUGACUUGUGUUGAGAAAGAAAUGCGUAUGACCUUGGCUAGUCUGUUGGCUGAAGCCAUGAAAGAUGUUAGUCAAUUCCAAUCUGAAAAUAUCGAUUCUCAAAAAUAUCUUGAAUGGGUUGACAAAUACCAGGUAAUUGAAGUAGUCUUCUUUUGUAAAUGAAUCAUAUUAACGAGCCAACGUUAUAAAACAAAUUUGCAAUUCAUCUUCUGCAUUAAAAAUUUGAUCAAGAUGCGGUUUUUACUCUAAAGAUAUAUUACAUUUCUUCAUUUCUUAGUAUGAUCCAAAUAUUUCACAUACAAAAAAUCAAAUUUGGAUUUGAUUUCAUAUUUGGAACUUAAAUGUUAAUCGCAUAAGAUUCCGAUUGUUUCGGUUACACCUUAAAUGUCUGGAAUCAUCGAGUGCACACAAUUGUGUAAAAUGUUGCAGACUCUAUAAAACGCACCAACGUAAUCUAUGUAUCUUUUAACCAAAAGUGAAUGCUUUGCCUUAGGCUCAACUGGUGGUUCUGGCUUGCCAAGUAUCAUGGUCUCAAUACACUGAAGCAGCUCUCGUGAAGGGUGAUCUCCCUUCUGUGCAACAAGUACUCAGGGUUGUUGAAGCGACUUUAAAUGUGCUCGCAGAUUCAGUUCUUCACGAACAACCUGCUGUAAGAAGACGUAAACUGGAGCAUUUGGUAAGCCUAAUUACUUUUGUUUGGAAAUUCUUACUGUUACUCUUACUUUUGAGCUGUGGUGACCGAGUAGGAUAUAUGAUUAACGUUUAGAAUUGUCUACUUGACCGGUCGUACUGAUGAUAUAACUAGGUCACGGGUGUUUAUUCAUGAAUUUAGUUCUUGCACUAUGUACUUAAUCCUGUUUUCCUCUUCUACUGUAUCAAAACAUCCUUUGUUUCAAUGCCAUCAGUUAUGCUCUUAAAAGUUAAAACUCUACGUAAUUCCAUUAUAUGUGUGGAAUAGGAAACCAAUCGUUCGCAAAAUCAUGAUAAUUAUAGGUAGGUACAGGUAUUAUGUAGCUUAAGAUAUGCUUAAUCUAGUACGCGGACGGUACAAAUUCACAGCUGCAGCAACACAGGUAAAAACUGUCGAUUCAAAAUUAUGACAAACGUAACAGUUUUUUGGGUGGUAGCCAGCAGGAAAAAAUCGGCAAUUUAAUGAAAUUGGGAAAUUCAAUUAGCCCGCGACAUAGACCAAUUGCGAAACUUAGUGGCCGCGCCUUCAUACUGCACGAGAACGAGGCUUAUUAUGCAAAAACAAAACAAUUUCUGUAUUUUUAUAUAGCGAAAAGUGAAUUUUAGGGUUUUUAAAGUGUUUUUUCUUGAAUCUCUUUGAUCUUUUCUUAAUAUUUCGUGCUAGGUUAUAUAAAUAUUUGUUAAAUUUAUCUAAACAUCAGUUUCCCACUAUAGUUUUACCCGCUUUGGAGAGAUAUUUCGUUGUUGUUUUAGCAUGUGAUGGAACAAACAUAUGGAAAAGAUCAAUCUAGACUUUAAAAUCUGAUCAAGAUGCAAAUAAAAUAGCCAGUAUAACUUAACAAACUAAAAUAUAACUCUUUCUACCCAGAUUUUUUUAGACUUCGUGCGAAAAAAAAAGAUUUUGUCAAAGGAUAAUAACAUAAAAUUUCUACAAAUUUUGCCCGACAUUUACUUUCAUAUUUUGAAAGUUAAAAUCAAAAACUUACUAUAUUAUAUUACAACUGAAACAAAAUUAAUCAAUGUUACAACUUAUUCUUUGAAAUGUAUUAAUAAACAGACGGAAAAUACCUGAUUCUUUCUCUGGUAUAAUCUGCUUCUUUUUUCGGACGGCGAAAAACAGCAAAACUUUGCCUCGCACGCCGCGAAAAAACAAUGAAAUUUGAAGUAAGACUAAAUCUAUGAACAAGUUUAAUAAAGAUUUACAUAGUCAAAACAGAAAUAUUGAAAAAAAAUGAAGAGAUUACCAUAAAAACCCGUCUCAAACACUGAAAUUCAUUUUUCGCCAUAUGAAAAUAUAGCAGAAUGGUUUGUUUUUGCAUAAUAAGACUCGUUUUCGUGCAGUUUAAGGCGCGGUCACUAAGUUUCGCAAUUGGUCUAUUAGUGGACAUUUCUGUGGUCUGUAUGUUGUUGCAUCUCUGAAGUGGCAUUCUCGUUUCCUAGUGCAAGGCGCUCAUUUGCUGGGCUGAAUUAAAACCUUUGUAGUAAUGAGGACUGCACUAGAUUUCAAGUCCGCACAUGCAAUUUGAUGCGAGUUCUUGAAAUCUAGUUCAGUCCUCAUGGUCGAAUUUGAAAUGACAUCUCACAACGAAUAAAUCACUACUCAAAGUAAGGUGAAUUAAUUUUGAUCCAGUUCAAGGACUGAAUUAAUUUCGAUCCAGUCCUAGGACGGUAACAAUAUACUUCACCAGGUAUCCAGUGUUAUUAUGUGAGCAAAAUAAAGUAAUAUGGUAAUAUUACUCACGCAUUAUUAAUGAUUUGAGAUGUGCAAGUCAACUAACAUUGAUUUCCGUACUAAAAACAGGUAAAAAUAUUUUAGGAUCAUGAUAGUAUCCUUGCAACACUCUUCUGGGUCCUUGAACAAUCUUGUAUUUUUAAUAUUUUUUUAUAAUUGUCAUGUCAUUUUUGGUAGGCCUAAAUUGGGAAAUUGGUAACCUGUCCGCGUACUAGAUCAAGCACAUCUCUAUUUACUAAACAAUUUAAUUGCAUAUAUAUAUAUGUAUAUAUAUAGAUCACUGAGCUUGUUCAUCAACGUGACGUCACACGUAACCUGAUCAACAAUAAAAUCUCAGGAGCGAAAGCAUUUGAUUGGCUGAAAGAAAUGAGGUUUUACUUUGACCCUAAUCAGAAAGACGUUCUCAAGCAAUUAUCAAUCCAAAUGGCGAACGCGAAGUUUAACUAUGGUUUUGAAUACCUUGGUGUACAAGAUAAACUGGUACAAACACCUUUGACAGAUCGAUGUUAUUUAACCAUGACUCAAGCUUUGGAAGGGCGUCUUGGUGGAUCACCGUUCGGUAAGGAAUGACGCAUUUGCAUCUUUAAUCCCUCCAUAUUAUAAACCCAUUGCGAAGAAGUCCCUCAGGACCUGCAAAGUUGUAAGCCACCACUCUUGUGAUGUUGAAUUAUUAAGAUUAUUUCUUUAAUUGGUUGAUUGAUUGAAGACUUCCUAUUACAUCCCAGUUUACUAACCGUAAUACAAUUAAGUUAUUCAAAAUUUAGUCCCUUGUGAUUUAAUUAAUUUUUUGCUCACAGAAAUGGUUUUAUAAAAUAAAAAGAGUGUGUAUGGUAUUGUUUAACUUUAUACAUCUGGUGUUUCAGGUCCUGCUGGUACUGGUAAGACAGAGUCGGUCAAGGCACUGGGUCAUCAACUGGGACGAUUUGUUCUUGUAUUUAACUGUGAUGAAACAUUUGAUUUUCAGGUAGGCUACUGAAUAUUUGCGGUUGAAUCGGUUGUUUCCCGUCACAUGUGCGAAAAUGGAACGUGAAAAGGAAUGGCCGAAUGUUCCUCACACACGAGCAGACCAAGUAUUUGUGUCACAAUUGAAUUUUCGUAAGAAUUUUUUAGCCUUUAAACGUUUCUGCCAUCGCAGUAUACAUACGUCAACAAGCUUUGUGGAUAAGAUCGUGCUAUAAAAAUGAUUUAGACUGCUCCAUGCAUUUAGCCGACCUGUAUAGAGUUUAGCCCACACGACAAGGUUAUAACAUGUGACACACAUUCGCUUGGGCAAUUUAAUUACAAACAAACAAUCAAACAAACUGCAUGCUUAUUUCCAUAAAGUUUAUAACGUAAAACUAAACAGGCCUAUUGCUACUUUUCAUUUUGACUUUACUGCAAAGGCUUGAUAUGAUUUGGUAUUUCUUAAUACGUUACUCAUAUCUAUUUCCUUGCAAUUUUAGGCGAUGGGACGUAUUUUUGUCGGUCUUUGCCAAGUUGGUGCAUGGGGUUGUUUUGAUGAAUUCAAUCGUUUGGAAGAAAGGAUGCUUUCUGCUGUCUCUCAACAGAUUCAAACUAUCCAGGAAGCUUUAAAAGAACACAAGGAUAAUGAUGGUAGGUAUAAAACUGGCUUGAACAAAUGACCUUUGGUUCGGGUGAACAAACACCCUUAAUUCCCCAGUAAUGUCCAGCACUCUUUAGAUAAACCUCUGAUUUUCCACAUUAAGUUUUAUCACAUUUCCCGCUUUUUCAAUAGCGGUUACGUAUAAAAUAAAUUUGUUUUGAGUCGUGUUUUUCCUGUCGAUGUUCAAAGUAGUUCCAUUCAGCUAGGGCACUGUAUCACCAAUAUUUUUAACUGUCCUUUUCUUUAGAUUCCCAUAUUUCUAUCGAGCUUGUGAGCAAACAAGUGAAAGUGAGCCGUGAUAUGGCCAUCUUCAUCACAAUGAACCCUGGUUAUGCCGGACGGUCCAAUCUACCUGACAACUUGAAGAAAUUAUUCCGUAGCCUUGCUAUGACUAGUCCAGACAGACAACUGAUUGCCCAAGUCAUGUUGUAUUCUCAAGGAUUUAGGAUGGCAGAGAAGUUGGCAAGCAAGAUUGUGCCAUUUUUCAAGUAUGAUUUUAUUUGUUGUGUUUUAGUAGUUACCAGUGUUUGUGAAAAUUCCAGACCUUGAAAUCCUUGAAAUUUAUGAAGUUCUUGAAUCUCUAUAUUUUUGACAUAUGUUUUAAAUUUGUAAAGGAUAUAAGUUCAAAUUUGCAGGCAGAAGCUCAGAGAGAGAUAGAGAUUUCACUAAUAGAGAAGUUAGAACAUUGGUUAAUAUACCUUUAGUGGAUUGAAACUGAUUAAGGCCAUAGAUAUCUUAUAUACACUAGAUAGUGCAUCUAAUUAUUCUGCAAUUCAAAAGGAUAUUCCCAUGAAAUGAGAAGAUUCGUAUGUUUUCUAUUUCUUAAACAGGGAACUUAAAGAUUAAGUUAAACCUGUUCCAAAUACAUUUUUAAACUGUUCAAAUGAUGAAAGUUAUUGUUGUUUUUUAAGCGUUUAUUAGCGAGUGUGAACUACCAACAUGGCCGCCAUCUAUUCAAAUGGGGGUAACCGCUGGAAUAUUCUUGGCUUCAAUUUUACUAAAAGAGAUGCACUAUCUAGUGUAUAUAAGAUAUCUAUGAUUAAGGCACAAUUCGAAUAGUUUUACGUGCCUUUUUGCUGAUCUCUACAGUAUAAAGCCUUCUUUUCAGCCCUUUCCGUGGAGUGCGCCAGUGUCAGAGAAAAUCCAACAUUAUAUUAAAAGUAAAAUAGUAAUGCGUGUUUUCCAUACUGUAUAUUAACAACUACUGUAUCUUAACUAUCAAUGAUUAUUUGCUGAUCCAGAUUUGAAGGUAGAGAUAAUGAUAAUUUAUACAGUGAUAUGGUCAACUCGAACCGACUUGACCUCGUACCUCAGUUGGUAGAGCAUUGGACUAGUAUCCCAAAGGUCGUAGGUUCGAUUCCCACCGUGGUCAGGCAAACUUUUCAGCUUGCCCGGUGUGGAUGCACACUCAGAGUAACACCACAAACAUAACAAAAUGGUAUGUUUUCUUACCCUGGGUAAUCGAGUAUAUCCUAUCGUUAACUGAUUAAUGUACGUACGUUAACAGGCUUUGCUUGGAACAACUUUCCAAUCAGUCCCACUACGAUUUUGGACUUCGGGCAUUGAAGAGUGUACUUAUCAGUGCUGGUAAUGUGAAACGAGAGAAAAUCUCCACGAUUAAAGAAGAUCUCAAAGCCAAGGGUGAAGCUGUUGACGAGGCUUCUAUUUCUGAAGGACUGGAUGAACAACAGGUGAGCAAGCAGCGUAACACUCUAACGGGAUAUUUUUGUGAGUAUGUUUAUUAUGUGGUAUGUUUUCAUGUUUAUAAUCUGGCUAAUACGAUUUCACUGUCUCAUUAUAACCAUGCAUCGGCUUUUCCUAGAUUUUGAUUCAAAGUGUAUUCGAGACAGUGGUUCCUAAACUAGUGGCAGAAGACAUUCCGUUAUUAUACAGUCUGUUGUCGGAUGUCUUCCCUGGUGUGAAAUAUGUCGGAGCUGAAAUGAGGGACUUGAAAGAAGAAAUCAAGAAAGUUUGCUCCGAAAUGUAUCUUACAUAUGGAGAGGGUGAAGACGAAGGGAAUGCCUGGGUCGAUAAGGUUUGUUAAUUUUUUGCGUGGAUUUCUAUGGGUAGUGUUUUAAAGGCUGGCCAAUGUGUUAAGCCAGGUUGGCUAUAAAUGGUUGAUGUAAUACAGUAAAACAUCACCUUCGUUUAACCUCGCCACAUGUUACAGUGCUAGCCCAUCGUCAUCUUGCUAAUAUUCAAGAUUGAACAUGAACUCGACCCUAAUACUCCUUUAACGCCCCUGCACGUAUUCGACAAACCGAUAUAACCCUUAUUUAUACCUAGUCCGCUCAGGGAAGCGGGAGCACGAAUAUAAAAUUGCACAUGAGUUAAUUGAUAUCCCAUUUGGUAUAGUAUAAUUAGGUAUAUUUGGCAUAGUUAAUUCAUAGCCCAUUUGGUAUCGGUGUAUGUUUUGAUGUUUUCCUGAUGUUCCGGUGUGUGUACAAGCUCUGGCAAUUAUAAUACUUAUAGAACAUUUAAAUACUAUGAUUUACACAAGAAUUUGUAUUUUCGUGUUAUGAUUUUCAACAUUGUGUACUUCCAGAUUUUGCAACUGUACCAGAUCUCGUUAAUCCACCAUGGUUUGAUGAUGGUCGGACCCAGUGGUAGUGGGAAGAGUUUGGCAUGGAGAGUUCUUCUCAAGGCUCUAGAAAGAUUAGAAGGUGUUGAAGGAAUAGCACAUGUCAUUGACCCUAAGGUACGUGUGUUAUUUUACAACGAGGGAGAAAUAAAUGAAUAACUCGUGACGAUCAUUCACACUUGCAGUCAAUUUCUCUCUCUAGACUAUACUGUACAAUAUGAGUUGGUAAAAGAUUGUUUCUUGUUUUCUGUGUUUACAAAUUGUUACUCGGAGUAUGGGUUUUUCACAUAGAUAUCUUAUAUACACUAGAUAGCACAUCUCUUUUAGUAAAAUUGAAGCCAAGAAUAUUCCAGCGGUUACCCCCAUUUGAAUAGAUGGCGGCCAUGUUGGAGUUUCCUACUCGCUAAUAAACGCUUAAAAACAACAAUAACUUUCAUCAUUUGAAUACUUUGAAAAUGUAUUUGGAAUAGGUUUAACUUGAGCAAUGUUUAAGUUCCCUGUUUAAGAAAUAGAAAACAUACGAGUCUUCUCAUUUCAUGGGAAUAUCCUGAGUCUGCAAUCACUGCUUCAAUUUUUGAAUUGCAGAAUAAUUAGAUGCACUAUCUAGUGUAUAUAAGAUAUCUAUGGUUUUUCUAUAUCAGUCGUGUAUCACAAAACGUAGACACAAAAUUACCAUAGUGCUUGUGCCAAACGAUUUUAAAUAGUUUAUAAAAACUAACUUUUGUUGUAUAUCCUUGAUGUACGGGUAUAGCUAAAUAUUUUAUGUAUUGUACUUCAGGCGAUGUCAAAAGAUGAACUGUAUGGUACUCUAGAUCCAAACACCAGAGAAUGGACUGAUGGUUUAUUCACUCAUUUGUUGCGAAAGUAAGUUACAUAUUCUUUUUGUGUUGUUUAUUUCAAACAUUUGUGUUGUUCAGUCCAAAUAGAAUCAUUGUUUUUAAAAUUCCUAAAUAUCCCAUUCGGAAACCAUGGUCUCUGCAUUAGUGUACCGGCACUCGAUUGAAACACUCACUAGAUACGGCAGUUCUAAUGUGGUUAAACAACUCAUUCUGUUCAGCUCGUAAACUUUCAUAGCUCUUAUAAGCACUCCAUUAACACUUUCAUUGCAACCCUAAUAAUUUAAAUGAAUAUGGGUCUAUUGCAAUGAAUGUUUCAUUAAAUCUAGUAAAUAACCUGUGAGGAAGAGGAAUUUUUCUUCGCCAUUCCCAUCAUGCAUCACACAUCUCCGUCCACUGAUUUAUAUAUGUACAAUAUGUACUCGUAAGUCAUAAUUGACGACUGCGUACCAGUCAGGGGAAGAGACGUUUAUCACAAAAUGCCGAUUUGACCGGGGCGUUUAAUAAAAAAUUGGCAUUUAUUAGGGUAACAUUACUUGGGUUCAAAAAAAAAUUAAUACAUGAAGUAUAUACAAAUCAUCACAAUUUGUAAUUCAUUUUCUCAUUAUUCGUGUAGAAUUAUCGACAAUGUACGAGGAGAGCUUGGUAAACGUCAAUGGAUUAUAUUUGAUGGUGAUGUUGAUCCUGAGUGGGUUGAAAAUCUCAACAGUGUGCUUGAUGACAACAAACUACUGACUCUUCCAAACGGAGAACGAUUGGGAAUCCCACGAAAUGUAUGAUUUAUUUUACCUCUUUAAGUUAGUUAACAAUUUAUUGUACAAUUUGAAUAUUUUCAUACGACAUGUAAUAUGUCACUAAAGUAAUGAAACGUAUCUCUUCAGAGUCCUAACAGGGAAAGAUAUGAAAACGUUUUCUGUACAGUAGAGAGUUGUUAACACUACUGUAUAUGAUGUGUACAUUAAACAGGGUGUAUAGUACUGUUCAGUUAUAGUUUGAAGGGACGUCCAUUUCUGCUGACAAAACACCGGUGCUCACUGCAUGGGGAGUCUCUACCAUGCUUUGAUCAUUUUCAGACGUUACACCACGAGUGUUGUGCCGUCAACCGAAGGAAAAGUUUAAAAUGUGCACAGACUACAAUCAAAAUCACGUUACUUGAAUUUCUCAUUCUGUUGUUUAUAAUUUAGGUGCGUAUAAUGUUCGAAGUUCAAGAUCUACGUUACGCUACAUUGGCAACAGUCAGUCGAUGUGGUAUGGUGUGGUUUAGUGAGGAUAUAGUAUCUACAGAAAUGAUCUUUAGUAACUACCUGACAGAACUUAAGGCUAAGCCUAUUGAGGAGAUUGAAGAGGAUGUUGGUUUGAGAAGACAAACCAAGAAAGGCGAAGAUAGUGCUUUGUCACCAGCAAUGCAGGUACCUGUCAUCUGAUUUAGUUGAAAUACUGUAUCACUUUUUGUAAAAUAAAACAGAUACUGAAGAAAAGCAAUGAGUUUAAUAAUUAUGACAAAUUUCACAAUACAUAGAUAAUUAUGACAAAUUUCACAAUACAUAGCAUUUCGUCUUUUUUACAAAAGCAUAGCCUUUUAAAAUUUUAAUAAUUUUGUUAGUACAUACUUUGAGGUUUAAAAAAUGCUUUUCGCAGGUGUUUGUUUUAUUCUUCUUUAACUGUCGGGUGGUUAUAUAUUGUUACACCUUUUACCACUCUGGAACAAUAGGGGCAGGUUGGAUAUUAAUGAAGAAGGAUGUGAGUGCCACCUUCUCCUAAAACCAUUGCACGUAGCCACUUAGUUUAUAAUUGAAACCUUUUUUGCUUUGCAACGACGUACGUCUGAUUCAUUGUAUUCACUAUAAUAUCACAGAAUAAAGACAAACAGAAAGUCGACUCAGCCAAAAAAGCGUAACCACUGCCACGCCAUGAUUCGUCAUCGAAAUGCUGACGCCAUGUGCCUAGACAGUGCGCUUAUGAAAGGCAUUCCCCCUGCAUGACGUACGUCCGCCAUUUUGAAUAUUAUCAGGGGGGUGAAUGCCUCUCAUAAGCACACUGGCUGGGACCAUGGCGUCAGCAUUUUGAUGACGAAUUAUGGUUACGCCAAAAUGAUAGGAAAAACCAAGAAGUCGGGCUUCUAUAUAGUCUCUAUUCUGUGUUAAUAUGUAUUCUAAUUUGCUCGACGUCAAAAUCGGCGGGUGUCGCUCCGCUAUAGUGCCUUACUGACCUGACAUCCCUAUCUAUAUGACACAACUUUUUUUUCUCAAACUCCUAGGUUCAAAAUGAUGCAGUGAAUAUUGUUGCCGAGCACUUCACGUCUGGUGGCUUGGUCAUGAAAUGUUUGGAAUAUGCGAUGGGACAAGAACACAUCAUGGAUUUCACUCGACUAAGAGCCUUGGGUUCUCUGUUCUCAAUGUUCAAGCAAGCUGUACACAACGUGAUCACAUACAAUCAACAGCAUCCCGACUUCCCAAUGGAGGUAUUGCACCACUAUAAAUAUAUUGGUAAUAAUGUUUGAAUUCAAUUUCUAAUUGAGAGGGUGAUAUAUGGCCUUACUUGGUUUAUAAUAUCAAACAUAUGAUGUCGUAUUCAGUUUCUGGCGGUCUGCAUGCACAACUUCGAAAAAAAGUUAUUUCGCGAUAAUGGUUUUGCCCUGUUGCGAUUUGCUUGUGGUUUUAACUAGUCAUCCAGUUUUGAUUCUUCUCGCAAUGUUCUCGUUGACUGGAAAGAUAUACCCUUAUAAGUAGAUAUUCCCCAGCAGUUAUCAAGUACUUUCAUUGAUCUUUCUUUGCUCGCUCCUUUGCUCAUGAAUUUUGAUCGAUAUUUGGCGACAUAUUAAGUUUUGUCCAGCCGUUUACAUCGAAAUAGUUGAGUUACUUUAAUAUUUUUCGUUUGUUUUGAAAACAUCUUACAGUAUUUAUGGAUAGUUUACGAUUUCUGGCACAAUACGACAAAGAAUAUACUUUAUAACUGCAGUAUACUUUAGUAUACUUUAGUAUAGUAACUAUAGUAUACUUUAUAACUGCAGGUCAGUUGGCCGAAGUGCAAUCGGAUGGCGAUUUAAUAUAAUUAAGCUACAUGCACUUAGCAAUAUAUUUCCUCAUUUGUGAUUAUUCACGUUAAUUUUAUAAUUUCACUGCAGUUUUAAUUUAAAUUCAGUCGUUUAUAGUGGGCUGCCUAUGAUUGAACGUGCUUGGCCUUGGGCCACUUGCAUGUUUAGUGUAUAAUUAAAAUAUACUUUGAGAACAAAUUUCAUUUAAAUUUGUCUCGCUCUCUUGUUUUCCUAGUAUGCAAACUAUUAAUAACAUCCGAAACAGAGGUUUGACUAUAUAUGUUUUUGUUUUGUCUUUCUUUUUUAUAAACAAUAUUUAUUAACUUUGAAACAAAUGAUAGCGAUAUUAAUUCUAUUACAACGAUGUUUCGAUGUUUUUUGUCUUGCGCAUUUAGUAAAAUUGUGCAUGCUUGCGCAAUUAUUUGUUUACGUGACACGAACACGCUAUAAUUAAAGCUAAAUGCGAAUAACCAUGCAAGAAGCAUCAAAACAUCGUUGUAAUAAAAUAAAAUUAAAUUAAUAUCGCUAUCAUUUGUUUCAAAGUUAAUAAAUAUUCUUUAUUAAAAUCUUUUGUGAAUAUUAUUAUAUUAAUUUUAUUUUAUUACAACGACGUUUCGAUGCUUCUUGCAUCAUUUUCAAGUUAAAGAUAAGAAUUAUUCGUAUUUAUAGCUUUAAUUAUAACGGUCCGCGUGUUCGUGUCACGUAAAUAAAUAAUUGCGCAAGCAUGCAAAAUGUUACUAAAUGCGCUAGUCUAAAAAUACUAAAAUAUUAAAAACAUUUAACUAUUUACACAUACAAAACAAGAGACAAACACAACAACAAGAUUAACAAAUUAGUAUUAAACAAAAAGCUUAGAACGUAUCGAGUCCGACUGAGUGUUCAGAGAUGGCGUCAGUUUCCUAAUAUCCAUAUAAAGCAUCUCGCAGAGAAGGCACUCGUAAAAAUAUAUGUAAAAUUAUAUGGGCUAUCUGUAGGGUGAGUUUCCCUGAAUCAAUAAAUACAUAUAGUUUGCUAUUUAUAUGAGAUAUCCAGCAUGUGCCUGCAACAGCUUUCAUGAUAAAUUGUAAUUUUAAUUGUCCAACUUGUAUUGCAUUAAUCAUUAUAGACAAACUUUAAUUUGUGAAUAUAUAUAUAAAUAUCGAAUGAACUUUUUAUGCCUUUUUAUGCCUUUGCAAAACUGUAGAAAAGCAAGGCCAACCUUGAACCUUCAACCUGCGGCCAGAAUUACAUCUUUUCAUAUCCUGUCAUUACUAAAAACGCGGCAGGUGCGAGAAAAACAAUGCAGAUAAAAGCCAAAUGACCGCGAAAAGGACUUAGCUGCACUUAGUUAGAAACUUUACAGUAAUUUUGAGCAAUAUCAAUUAAGAGAGCCGCAGAAUGUCCAUUUCAAUAUCUGCUGUCUAUACUUGUUCAAUUCUUCACAAGAAUUAGUCGCUCAAUAAUGGAGCUCCGCUAUUUUAUUAGCCUGAUAUUCAUAUUUGCCUUGAAUGUAUUGUUCUUUUUCUCAGGAAUAUGUUUAAAUUCCGUGGUCAUACUCAGUGUCUGGAGAUCUGCACAACUUCGAAAGAAAUUAUGUUAUUUCAUGAUAAUGGUUUUGUCCUGUUUCGACUUGCUUGUGGUUUUAUCCAGUCAUCCAUAUACGGCUCGUAUCGCGAUGUUAUGGUUGACUGGAAAGUUGGAUGUAUACCCUAGCGGGGUGGAUAUUCCCACAUGGAUAACAAAUAUCUUCAUCGCUUUUUCUUUACUCGUUCUUUUGGUGAUGAAUUUUGAUCGAUAUUUGGCGACAUAUUAUCCUAUCUUUCAUCGAACAUCGGUAACAAAGGGAAGACUUUUAACUCUUCUUGCAAUACUCAUUAUUGUUUUCCUUACUUUCGCACUGAUGGCUGCAAACGACUUUUUUAUUUCCUAUGAAGUUGGUGUUAUAACGUUUUUUAUUAUUGUCUUUCCUCCAAUGGUGUUCGUCAACUACAAAUUGUUCACAAUUGCAAGGAAAAGUCGUAGAAUAUCUCCCGAGAUGAAAAAAUCGUUUUCUUUGAAAAAUAUAUCGAGUUGCUUGCUAGCAGUCGCUUGUUUUGUGGUGCUGCUAUCCAUUCCAGUGUUUGUCUUCCUUGGGCUAAAAAUUGGGCUGAAAGAGAACGAACUUACUUUGAAUAAUGCAAACGUUGCAGGACUCUGGUCUCACACUAUAGUCUCGAUGAAUGGUACAUUUAACUGCUUAAUCUUUUACUGGAAAAACAAGAUUUUGAGCACCGAGGGAAUGAAAAUUAUUAAAAGCCUGAAAGUAUGUCGAAGAACGAAGAGUCCAAUUCUAAUCUGAUGAAAGAAGAACCAAGCAAAAUAUAUUGGAGAGGAAUAUGCACAUAUUGUUAGCACUGAUGAAGAUCCGGACUCACGUAUCGAAAGCUUUGCAGUAAUAAAUUUACGUGGUGUUUCCACAAACAAAGUAUCAUAUGUUUUAUCACCAUGCAAUCCUGCAGAGAACUUAUUUUGGAGUUUGAACUAUAAACAAGUAAUAAAAAACCCAUAAAUUUUUAAAAUGUGACAACAGUAAAACUAUAAGUAUAUGGAAUUGCCAUCCGCCAGCAGCUGCAUGCCUCUAACACGAGACAGCUGAAAUAUUCUUUCUUUAAAAUGAAAAGUGUUGAAGCUGAAGGCCGCAAGGUUUCUUCGAGUACUUUAAAACAUAAACAGCAUAAAUGAAUGUUGUUUAUUGGUGCGGCACAGACCCCGGAAUGAACAGUGUAGAACCGAUGUCGAAAACAGUAAUGAUGAGCGUGGUUGAAAGUGCAACUAUACUUAAUUGAGAACAAACUUCGACCGCCUCGUUGUCAGAGUUUGUUCUUUUUGAAGAAUAAAGCUUAGGUGCCCUUCUGUAAUAACUGUAAUGGAGCAAUAAAGAUAUGCUGUACCUAUAUAUCGAUAUCGGUUUAGAAUUGAUAAAGCUAUAUCUAUAUUAUAUAAAUAAUUUUAGUCUACUGUAGCUUAGGUUUUUUGUUGUAUAGUGAUACUGAACUAAAAUAACAUGGUUAUAAUUUGGUCAUUCAGGAGAAAUGGUUUAAUCAAGUAUAGCUAAUGUUAGAUGUAUAUAGUUUUUUUAUGAGCACUAGUCUAGCAUACGAUCUGAAUAUGCUUUACUUUAUAAUCAAAUUAAAACUGUGCACAUUUAUGUUAAUGGUUUGUGUACUGUUGCGAUUUGCUUGUGGUUUUCACUAACAAUCCAAUGACGGCUCUUCUCGCGAUGUUGCGGUUGAACGGAAAUGCAUACUCUUAUCGUUGGCUGUAUAUCCCCUUACAUAUAGCAUCUUUUUUCUUUGCUCACUCUUUUGGUCAUGAAUUUUGAUCGCCAUCUUAUCCUAUCUUUCACAACGGUUAUCGAAGGAAAAACUUUUAAUUCUUACAAUACUAACUAUCGGGGAGGUAACUCUGCUGCUGAUAUCUAAUGCAAACGUUCUUUCCUAUUCCGAAGCGAAGGCGAGGUGAUUAUCGAUGAAUAAAAACCGAGACGAAGUCGAGGUUUUUAUUCACGAUAAUCACCGAGCCUCAGGUGAUUAAUUGUUUUAGUAUAAUUUGAUAGGUGAUUAUUUGGAAUAAAAAAUACAUAUUUCUUCGUCAUUUAAUUGACAAAACGACUUCUGCCGCCAUUUUGAAAAUCGCUUAGGUGAUUAUCGGGUUAUAAUCACCUCAACGGCAACCAAUCAGCGUGGAGAAUUUUCAAUAAUCACCUAUGACUAUGUAAUUAUACUAAGUUGUUAUUCUGUUCACAAUCGCCAGAAAAAGUCGUAGAAACAAGGGAAUACCACCCGAUAUGAAAAUGCCGUUUUUUUAAAAAAUAUAUCUAGCUGCUUGUUCAGUGAUCGUCUACAUUGGACUAUCAAUAAACUUGAAGGCCCUUUGUUGGGAUGUUAGCAGCGUGGGUCGGGUUAUAGCCCCCCCCCCCCCCUUCUGGUAGUCCCCCAGUCAAGAACUACUGGGAAAAUAAGCCCCCAGGGGUCUAACUAGAGAAAAUACGGUAUGUAAGGAGCCGGAGCGACUUUCCUGAAGAGUCGCAGAAUUAUAAUUUCACAAGAAACUAUCCAGCUUAAUAUGCAAUAACACGUUGCGUGUGUUGCCACGAACGUUGCCUUUGACACUCAAAAAACAAUUACCCCCAUUGCUUGUCAAGAAUCUACAACAACAUCACAACCUUAAUUGAUUUUCCAGCGUGAUCAACUAGAGAAAUACCUACCUCGCUAUUUGGUCUACAGUUUACUGUGGUCAUUCUCUGGAGACUCCAAGAUGAAGUACCGUGAAGAACUUGGUAAAAUGGUCCAGAAGAUAACGACCAUCCCAUUGCCAAACACAUCUGUUAUGCCACUUAUUGAUUACGAGGUAUAUUAUUGUUUUAUGGGUGUAUGAUAUUUGCAGCUUUUUACCAUAUUUUGGACCUAAUCUAAAGGAUUAUUUUCUCAAAAAUAUUGGUUUACCAAAAGGACAUGAUUUUUCAAACCCAACAAAAUUUCCAAAAUAUGCAAAGAUUUCGUCAGGCUUGUCUAGAACUUUAUCGCUACCUUGAUAAUUUCAAAGUUUAACUCCUGCUUAAAAUUUAUAAAGAACUACGAUUAGCCUGGGUUUGCUGAAAUAGUUGGUUUUUGACUAGACAUUAGUAUAUAUUAUACAUUCAUUAAUAUAAAUAUAGUUCUUAAAAUGUUCAUUAACCGCACGAUUUCGUGUAUGUUUCUAACGAUUUCCAGGUUACCAUCCAAGGAGAAUGGGUUCCAUGGCAAUCAAAAGUUCCCAACAUUGAAGUAGAGACUCACAAAGUUGCUGCUCCUGACGUUGUUAUUCCAACAGUUGAUACAGUACGACAUGAAGUAUUGCUGUACACUUGGUUAGCUGAACAUAAACCGCUGGUUCUGUGCGGGCCACCAGGAAGUGGGAAAACAAUGACGCUGUUCUGUUCGUUGCGGUCUUUACCUGAUAUGGAGGUUUGUUAAUAGGUUUAACAAAAAUUAAUACAUAAUGUUACGCAUAUUAAUUGUACUAUAUACAUAAUGAUGAUAAACGUGAGAAGUAAUGUAAAAUCAUAUUUCCGAAAUAAAAUCGUAACAUAACAUAAAACCGUAUUUCGAAAAUAUGUAUUGUUAAGGCUUGUACUUUCUUUCAACAAAGUUAGUUUGACCAUGCAUGUGAAGCAAAAAUUUGAAGACGAGUUACGCGCUACUUUCGAGAGAAAAAAGUCGUCUGUACACCCAAGGGGAGCGAUUAGACUUCAGACGUUUUGCAAUACGAUGUACUAUUUUACAUUUUUACAUAUUUCCAGAAUACAGCCCUUCCUGAACCAGGCUGGGUAGACAAUGCUUUAGUGCCAUUGCCCAUAUCGUUGCAAAACACUUUUGAUAUGACAAAAAUGUCAUUAACAGUGUCCAAAAAACGAUACGGUAAUGAUUUUCGUACUGUUUAACUAAACAUCUUAAUCGAAGUAACGGACUUGAAUUGAACAGAAUUUUGCUCAUUUUAAUUUAGGUGGUAGGUUUGAAUUUCUCCAGCGCUACAACACCAGAAUUGUUACUCAAGACAUUUGAUCAUUACUGUGAAUACAGAAGAACACCCAAUGGAGUCGUUAUGGCGCCUGUACAACUUGGAAAAUGGCUCGUGUUGUUCUGUGAUGAAAUCAAUUUACCAGAUAUGGAUAACUACGGUAUUGUCUUUACGUUUUUGCAGAUACAGUAUGUAAAACAUUCUACUUCCAAAUAAAACUCUUUUUUGCUUAAGCAUAUCGCAUUAAUAUCGUUUUGUGCCUGCAUCAUUUUUAGGUUUGUAUGGUAGUUAUUGUUAAAAAAUUCAUCUCACUCGAUUCAGUAAUAGUUGAAGGGUGUUGUUGAUGGAAAUUAUCGAGUGGAAAUUAUACAUUUUAUUAGACCUGACCAGCAACAGCUGCGAAAAAUGCAAGUAUAGGUCUCUGGCAGGAAUCGAACUAGCGGCCCUGCGGUGCAGCGCUCUAUACUUAUUUAUUAUAUACACAAGGUCUGGAUAUGAGGUAUUCUGCAAUCUGAUUGGUUCUCUACCAGCACGAUAUAACCAAUGAUAUUAGCUCAUAUCCUGCUAGUAGAGAAAAACAAAAUGGCGGCUCAAACUGAAUUUCCGACGUUUUUCGAAUGAGAAAACGGCAAGUUGUUCGCUUUUUAUAGCCUUUACAGGAUUAAAAACACAAUGAAAAAACUCCUACCAAUUGUUUACAGGUUAGCAAAUUAAUUUUUAAAAUUUAAAAAGGUUGAAAAUAUAUAUUUUUCAUAAAAUAUCGGCCAAAAGAGCGAAGCUAAAAACAUAAACAAAAUAGAAAAAUAUUGAAAAUAUCCGAAAAGCAAAGUCUAUGAAUUCAGACCUUGUGUAUAUAAUAAAACAGUUAUUCCACUCACUCUCAUCGAAUAUGAGCGAUAGCCGAUUCGGCGCUACGCGCCCCUCAUCGGUUAUCAGCUCAUAUUCGACUCGAGUUCGUAGAAUAACUGUUAAAUAUACAUGAACUUGUGGUUAGAGCUCGACAACUGGCUUCUGUAGCUCAGUUGGUUACAGUGCUGCACCGGAAUGGCAGGGCCGCAGGUUUGAUUCCUGCCAAUGUCCUAUAUAGUUGCAUUUUUCGAAGCUGUUCCUGGUCAGGUCUAAUAAAAAUGUUUAUAAAUUUUCAUGUAAUAAAUUUUACUAUUUUAAAAUGUGCCUUAUAAGUUCAAAAGGUGCCUGCGCGGAUUUUAAUGAUAUCAGCAACAUUAAUACAGCAAUUUGCAACGAUACAUAUGAAUAUAUUGUUUCCAAUCCUUUGCUGUUAGGCACUCAGAGGGUGAUUUCAUUCCUGCGACAAAUGGUGGAACACAACGGCUUCUAUCGUUCAGUCGAUCAAGCCUGGGUGAAGUUGGAGAGAAUUCAGUUUGUUGGGGCUUGUAAUCCUCCUACUGAUCCGGGCAGAAAACCGCUCACUCACAGGUACCUGUUCAUUUUGUUCACGUAAACUGCUAUGGUCCUUUGUGUUGGUUGUAUAACGUACGCACGGUGGCGAGGUUUACCAUGCAAGUGGAUUACGCAUUGCAUCAGUCUGCACAGACUGAUGCAGUGCGUAAUCAACUUUGAAGUCAAGUGAAAUUUCACUGUUGACAGUGUUAUUGAAAUCUCGUAUACAUUGGCAAAAUGUUAGAAAACAUAUGCAUCAAGGUCCAGUUGGAGCUUGUUACUUGUUUUGUCACAUCGAAUAACUGUAAAAUAGAUAGACUCAUUUCUAAGCUUUAUUAAACUGUCAUUAAGAGAUUAGAAUGUUUUCAUGACUAACUAGACAACUGGGUUUUUAGUACAUUUGGCUACGUUUUCCUGGAAAAAAAUGACGUAUGUGACAAAGGUUGUCUUUUGUGUCGUAUCUCGAUUCCACCAAUUGCCCUGUCUCCCCGUCUCCACAGUGAACAAAUAAUGCGUGUCUUUACACGUGUUUGAUAUUCUGUCUAGAUUUUUACGUUAUGUCCCUGUUGUGUACGUGGACUAUCCUGGUGCAAUAUCUCUCACGCAAAUUUAUGGCACUUUCAACCGUGCAAUGCUGAGGUUGAUUCCAUCUUUGAGAAGCUCUGCCCAACAGCUUACAGACGCUAUGGUGGAAUUUUAUACAAUGUCGCAGGUACUGUCGAACGUUUACUGGACAUUUAAAUAUUACAGUUAGUUGACAUGUGAUUACAGGCUUCUGUGACAAUUUAGUGAUCAAUGAUUGCCAUUCGUUCUGUAGAAAGACAAUUUCUAUUAUGCAUGGUUUGUUUUUUAUUGACGCGUCAGGCAAUCACUGGCAAUUUUAUACGUUUUUAAAAGCGCUGCUGUUAUGUCUAAUUCCACUUAUUCGCAUCGGUGAGGGAAAGAAAAAUUGCCGACAAAGUUGCAUAAACCAGGUUUUAAUUAUUUAUGUCUACCGUACUUUGCUACUUUCCUUCCAGGAACGAUUCACUCAAGAUAUGCAGCCCCACUACAUCUACAGUCCUCGUGAAAUGACUCGCUGGGUUCGUGGUAUCGUUGAAGCUUUACGACCGCUGGAGACUCUGUCAGUUGAAGGAUUGGUCAGACUGUGGGCUCAUGAAGCACUACGUCUCUUCCAAGACAGGUACGUUAUGAACUAUUCAAUAGGGAGAUUAAGCAAGCGACGUUUUUGUCAACACGGACGUUGGAUUGCCGAGGGGGGGGGGGAUUAAAAACUGUGUUUGUAUCAGUUAGUGGUAAUCUUCAACACAUCUGACAAAACAUAAGAUUUUUAAAGUUUUUUGCUUCCUUACACGAACGCUAUGAUGCAAAAUGCCGCCAUAAUUAGUCCUACCAAUUUUCGGGUGACGUCCGUGUUGACAAAAACGUCGCUUGCUUAAGCUCACUAAUAUUUGCGUGAGUACCUUAAUCACAUACGUUAGAAGGAGAAACAAAGCAACAACUUUCCCGGUGUAAAAUGGUUGUAAAAUCUGGCUAUUCAUCUGGUGGUGCUCUUUGGGAGCAUCUAUAUUAAGUUUGUACUUUGUAGCAGAAUGCAUAUAAAGUCAAGAUAAGAAUAUUGUUCAAUAAUAACUAGCUUACGAAUUCAAGUUAUGUACAAAAUCUAAUAAAUAUACUGUAUAAUAUAGUGGUUAGUAUGUGUCUUCGAAGUCUCACUACGUGGUUGUUUAAGUCAUUUUGCCUCAGUGGCACGAUUGCUUCUAGGUUGACAAUUCCCCGAUUUCCUUUCUAAUAGCACUGCUGUUAUAUCCUAUUUAAUACAUAUGGUUCGACUUCUGGAUUUACAGUGUGUACUAAAUAAUGUACGGUUAUUUGUUUAAUCAUGUGGUAAACCAGUUAUCAUAAAACAUCAAAGAAAAAUACAAAAUUCGUCACAUUGUUGUCUUAAUCCUUUUGAGUUUUGUCUGUUAAGUAGAGGCUAUUCCUAAAACUGAGGCAAUGUUUUGUUGUAAGGUUGGUGACGGAUGAAGAACGCAAAUGGACAGAAGAUAAUAUUGAUGCGGUAGCAAAGAAAUAUUUUCCAACCGUCGACCACGAGACUGCAUUGAAGAGACCCAUAUUGUACAGCAACUGGCUUACUAAGGACUACACACCUGUGGAACAAGAGGAGUUACGAGAAUUUGUGAAAGCCCGUUUGAAGGUAAUAUGCUGUAGGUUGCUCCUAAUUUAGCAUCGUGUAUAAACCAAACAUCUUAAGACUGCUAGCGAUGCAUUUCAUGUGGAAUUUUGAAGUCUCUGGAAAUAUGGUUUGGGACAAAAUAUGUAUAUCUGUGCUUAUUCUAUAUUAAUCCUAUCGAUAUUCGCGACAGGAAUAUUUUACAAUUAAUCAAGUACGCCCAUGGACAUUUUCUUACCUAAACUGUAUCGUUAAUUAUUUUGUUGUACAGCAUUAAAGUUUAUCAGACUAUGAUAAAACAUAAUAAUGUGGUCUGCUAGAACCAGUAUCUAUGUUGUGUGUAGGUGUUUUACGAAGAAGAACUGGACGUCCCUCUUGUGUUGUUUAACGAAGUUCUCGACCACGUCUUGAGAAUUGACAGAAUUUUCAAACAACCACAGGUCAGCUCACGUCCUUGAUAAAUAUUUUAUUUCUAUAGUGUAACUAUAGGUACCUUUUUUGAAAACGAAGUUGUUCGUUCCUUCUCUUGAAAUGAACCUAUAAAUAAAUCGUAAUUGCCUUCAUAAGGGGAGGGAGAUGAGCGAGGGGUGCGUAGCGCCGCCCAGCAAGCUGCAGCAGGAGCCUGCAUGGGCCAUAGGUGCUAAUGGGGUAACCCCCAGGAAAUUUUGGUCUUAUUUAGUUUAAAAUUCUUAUUCAAUCACACUACUGCCAUUUAGUCCGAUGGGCAUUUAAAUUUCGGGGGUUCAAAUUUCUCUAGGUGGGGUGGGAAAACUUUCUGAGGGGAUGGAAAAAAUUUGAGAGUGUGCACCCCCCUGCACCCAAAGAAAACCCGUCAAUAUUGUCUUGUUUAGCAACCGAAAUUGAAUAUUUGUAACUAUUUUAGGGCCAUUUGCUAUUGAUUGGUGUCAGUGGGGCAGGCAAGACCACUCUUUCUCGUUUUGUGGCUUGGAUGAAUGGAUUGAGUGUUUUCCAGAUCAAGGUAAGCGCACAAAUGAAAUUUUCCUAUUGGGGACAAAGCAAAAUAAAAACAUUUUCAAGCAAUAAAACUACUCGUUUAAGCGCCGCGGUGCUCUUUAAUUUUUUAGUGUUACGAAUGCGGCGCUUGUUCGAGGGCUGCGCUCUUUAUAAAAUAUUUUAUUUGUAAGCGAUAACAAAAAAUAUUAGCAACAACGUAUAACAUAAAAACACUAAAAUGCAGGAAAAAGAGAGUUCCGAGGUUUGUUAAAGAUUGCAACCUCGUACCCAGGGCAUUUUGCCUCCGCGGUUGGGCGUCACCAUAGAUAUCUUAUAUACACUAGAUAGUGUAUCUAAUUAUUCUGCAAUUCAAAAAUUGAAGCCGUGAUUGCAGUCUCAGGUCGUUCCCAUGAAAUGAGAAGAUUCGUAUGUUUUCUAUUUCUUAAACAGGGAACUUAAACAUUAAGUUAACCGUAUUCCAAAUACGUUUUUAAACUAUUCAAAUAAUGAAAGUUAUUGUUGUUUUUAAGCGUUUAUUAGCAAGUGGGAACGACCAACAUUGCGGCCACCUAUUCAAAUGGGGGUAACCGCUGGAAUAUUCUUGGCUUCAAUUUUACUAAAAGAGAUGCGCUAUCUAGUGUAUAUCAGAUAUCUAUGGGCGUCAUGAACAUUUUUUCAGUGAUCCGAUGUUGUAAAUAAUACAAAAUGAAAAUAGGACAUAUAUAGUAGGUAUAUAUGACAAUGUUGCCAGGAACCUGUAUUAGCAGGAGUAGUUACAGUGAGAGGUACUGAUCUAUUAUAUACUGUAUUAGUUGUGAGUGUUGCUUAAAUAGUAGAAAAAAAUAGAAAAAGGCCUGCACUGGAACCUGACGGCUUAGAUGACUUAUUCUUUUUCUUAAAUUUCUUUCUACUUUCUUUCGGACAUUUUUGUUACUCGCUUGGUGAAACUUAGAAUUACAGAGCAAAAGAAGAAGGACGAAAGCAUUCAAUAGUAUUUUGUUCUUUUUUAAAUAGAUUCAUCGCAAGUACACGUACAUCGAAUUUGAUGAGGAUUUGAGAAAUGUUCUGCGAAGAUCGGGAUGCAAGAAUGAGAAGAUUGUGUUUAUUUUAGACGAGUCUAACAUGCUUGAGUCAAGUUUCUUGGAAAGAAUGAACACCUUGUUGGCAAAUGGAGAAGUAAGCUCAAAGCAAUUUUAAGAAAUUAUGAUUGAGAGAAGGCCAACAUUGUCUUAAAUCAAACAAAUGAAGAUUUUAGUCGGACCAAAAAAGUGAAAUAUGAUUCAAUCUUCAAGAUAGAAUUCUUCAUUCCAAAAGAUAGAAACAACCACAAUAGUCCACUACAAUUAAUCAAUUUUAAUAAACUAUGAACUAUUAUUUUAAUCAAGGGAAAACCUUCAGAGAAGAAUGUACAGUUGUACGAGUACCCUAGAAUACUAGAUCGAUUUUUUGAGACCAUCCAAUAAUCAGAACCAUCUAGACCCAAUUCCGCCCCGAAUUCGUGGAUUCCAGUGACAUUGUAUUAUGUUGAAACCUCGAAUGACCCAAUAGGAGAACAAUUUUCACCCCAUUGAAUUAUCAGAACCAAUGUCGAGUAUACUAUUUCUGAGUCGUAUUUACGUAGCUACGUUAGUGAGUUAAAAAGACACAUUUCGUCACAUGUAAAACAAGUUUUUGCGUUCAAAUAUUUUUCUCCAGUUUCUUAACACAUGCGCAUGAUCGUUUGUGUCUUUCAGGUUCCGGGAUUGUUCGAAGGAGACGAGUAUACUACUUUAAUGACCCAGUGUAAGGAGGGUUCGCAACGUGAUGGUCUAAUGUUGGAUUCCAGUGAAGAGUUGUACAAAUGGUUUACAGAACAGGUAAGAAUUGAGCUAUACUGUAUCACGUAUUAGUAUUGUGAUAAAUCACAUGGUAGAUUAAACUAUACAAUGGUUAAGAAUUAGCAUUACGGGUGAAGCUAAAUUUCUUUUCCAAUGCCAAUUUCCGCUACUUGGCAAAAUCUCUAAAUAUCUGUUGUUCCUCAAUUGUAGAAACAAUAUCAUAUGGUAACUUGCCAAUGUUUAAUACUUUUUGUUUGUGGAAACACCACGUAAAUUUAUUACUGCAAAACAUUCGAUCCGUAAGCCCGGAUCUUCAUCAGUGCUAAUAAUACGACAUAGUAUUACGAGUACUGUUAAUCCCUAAUUGUACGAACAACAUCGCAUAAUUACUUUGUUUAUUAUUAGCAUGACAAAAUUGGAUACUUCUCAAUGUCAACAUCAUAUUCUCUCGCCCAAAGCCCAGUCCUGCCAGACUUUCAACCAAAAUUUGGUGCUUUUGUUCGUAUUUUCAUUUGGUUCUUUUGUUAAAGCAAAAUUUGGUGCUUUUGUUCGUAUUUUCAUCUAGUUCCUCUAGGGCAAUUUCAUUUCACAUUUGUGUUUAAAAUACCUUUCCGCCAUUUUGUUUGUUUUGUGAAAAUCAUUAAUUGUACUGCAGUACAAUCAAUGAAAUAAUUGUACUCCUCUCAACCAAUCAGCAUCCAGUAAUUUUGUCAUGCUAAUAAUAAAGCUCCUAAUUAUGAUGUCGGAAGUUCUUUCUAGAAAUUACUAACAAAAACGUCAGUAUGCUGUAAACACACCGAAUAUAAUGAGUAUUUGAAACCUUUCACCAGGCAUUUGUAACACCAUUAAAAAAGAAAGUUAAAUGUUGCUAAGCCCGAGUGGUAUUGUGAAUAUUUUGUUUCCUUUAAAUAUUUUUCCUAUUCAAGCAUUGAUGUCAUACUUUGAUUAUGAAAAGAAAUGUCUUCAGCCAAUCUAAAACGAAUACAAGUGACUAAAAUUAUAUUAGUGGGACUGCCUCCUCCGCAGGCCCUUCGUUGGACACAGUGCAGUGCAAUCUAUACAGAUCAGUAGCUGUGAUAAGUUGCCGAGCAAUGCUUAGUGGGAGAACAUAACUGAGUUAUAGGAUCGUAAAUUAAACACCAGAAUGUUUAUGCUUGAGCGUUCACUACUUUCGUAACAAUAACAUAACAUUGACUUUGCUCACUUAUAAAAUGUGCAUAUAAAAAUAAGCAAUAAAUCUGAAAUAAUGAAUAUUCAAGUCGCAAGUAGGCCACAUAGGUAAUUUAAUCAUUGCGUGUCAAGACAAACAAAAUAUAUUGAAAAUUUGCCCAAAACCUUUUAUUACAUUAGCCUGUCACAAAAAAUAUAUUUCUGUCAAUCAGCUGGUUUAAAUUGUGGGGAUUGAAAUUAUUCAUUAGACAAUAAACUUAAUUACUAUUUGUAUAAUUGCUACUCAGAUGAAAUAAGGCCUAUAGCUAACUAUGACACGCGUAGGACCUAACAACGUUUGUAAUGUUUAUAAGUUGAAUAGUAGCCUAUUUUAGAGUGUUGAUAUAUUUCUGCAUAUAUUACACAAAAGACAACCUAGUAUCCAGGCUAUUUCAUUUCGAUUAUCAUGGCUUGGUCCCAAGAGCCGCGACCAAAUGGAACCUAUAUGAUUUGAAGACAAUUACGAUUUGUGUCACAGCAGUUCAGGAUCAAAACCCAUUCAAAAACAAACUGAAUCUGCUCCCGAAUAAUCCCCCUCGUCAUGUUUUUUUACACAACUUCAUUCAACACAAUGACGUCAAGUCAUUUUGCGGCCAAUGAUAAACUAAGCUUUGAUUUCAGACAUAUUUUCGCUUGCUGCAUGCUCUGGAUUAAGUAAAUGAAUGUAUUCCCCGGUCGACGUACGUUCAUGACCCAAUGUUUCGACCCCCGACUAGUGUCUUCAUCAGGUUAAUCCAGGGUUAAUCCAACACACUGGGAGGAAUGACGUCAUCGGCCAACAAGGUGGGAGAUCGCUACAGUUGUUUUGGUUCAAAACAUGAUUCAUGCUUAUAGUAAUUUUGCAAUGACGUUGUGAUCGGCAAAGGUGAUUUCACCUUUUCUACAAUGGGAACUGCCAGCCAGUCGAUUUUCGCUUAUUUAACCCUGUGCCAAAUUGUUGUUUUGCCUGAUAAUUGCAAAAGAAACAUUUCUUGUUAAGGAAGAGGACAUCUACUAUAUAAUUAUUAUGUCCCUGCUUAUAUACAAAUCAUUGAGGGCGUUUAUAUGAGUUAAAACUAUGAUGGAACAGCUGCUCGCAACGCUGGUUGCAGCUGGUCUACUAGAUUGGGUUUCCUAAAUUAUAAAAGUUAAGUCAACGGUUGCUGUUCUUUCAAUCGGAACAAUUUUUGGCGUCUCGAGAUUUUGGUGCAAAAAUCAUUGGAGAAUGAACAUUGCUUUCAAUGCAUCCAGAGUAAUUCCAAGUACUUCACAUGGAUAUGGCUAUAAGUCAGCUAUUACAUUUGUUAUAACAUUUGGAAUUAUUGGUAACAUUCUUGUUAUUUUAUCCAUUUUAUUAAGGCAGAGACGACUUCUCAAAAAUAAAUUCUAUUAUCUUGUUUUCCAUGUGACAAUUUGCGACCUUAGCUAUCUGUUGCUUUCUGUCUUCUACGUUUAUGUUAUUUUGGCUGGUAAAGAGCUAAACUACCAAAGUCGUUCAGUUUGUAUAGCGUUUCGGUUUUUUCGCGAACUCUUUCUUAUCUUUGGAGCAUAUUUCCUGUUGGUUAUAUCAAUAAUUCGUUACCGCGCUGUUCUUCAUCCAUUGACACCAUCCGUUUCAUAUGGACGCUUGAAAGUUCUUUCUUGCUUUGUGUAUAUAUUAUCAUUGCUCAUCUCCUGCCCAAUAAUUUAUUUCUGUGUCAACGAGUAUCCGUCGAGCGUUUCACAAGCUUAUGAAAUCAUGGUCCAAUGUGUGAUGACCUUUAUUUGGUAUUUUCUUCCUGUAACAAUUAUGGCUGUUAUUUAUUGGAAGAUAUGUCGAGAGUUGAUAAAGCAAAAUAAUGUCAUGAAAUCCACGAACUCAAGUCCAACUAAUUGCGGAAAGUUGAAGAGGCUGGUGCAUCAUCGAAAUUGGCGAACAUUUCUAGUGUCUUUAGCUACUGUCGUUUGUUUUGCCGUCGCUGGAUUGCCCAGGCAUGUUGUAGGUUUUUUGUUCGCUACAGAUUUAGACAGUCAUCGUUUACAUCUGUUGUUGGAUUGUGGUUGGGUGAUACAAGCGGCCGGAACAUGCGCAAUCAAUCCUUUGGUCUAUGGAAUACUGGACAAAAAAUUGUUGUUGUCAUUUUUCAAACUUUUUCAAAUGAAGCAAGCUAAUAGUGUAAAACCCGAGUGAGUGGAAUUUGGCUGCUGUUCGACCUCUCCUUACCUAUACUUACGGCCUACCUAUGUACGUAUUGGACCAACCUACCUACCUACAGUACCUGUUGGCUUACCCUAUCUUCCUACCUAUUGACUUGCGUUCCUAUACCUAUAUUUAUUGUACAUACCUACUUAUAUAUACAGUACUGUCCUAUAGUACCUUCACCCUACAGCACCUACCUAGCUACCGUUAGUACCUACCUAGCUACCGUUAGUACCUACCUAUUCACUUGCAUAUAUAGUAUACCACCUUUCUAUCUAUGUCCCACAGCACCAUACUCGCAUACAUACUGUAUAUACCUUUCCACCUAACUAUCUACGUACCUACUUAACAAUUUGAAGUAAAAACGUUUUGUUCAUGCCAAUCUCAGAUGGAUCCAAUUGAACAGGUCGGGGUGAAUUGUUAGACAAAGUACACUGAUCUCUUUAUAUAUAAAAUAUUAAUAGUUUUGAUAGUUAAAAUUUACAAUACCAUUGUACAUUAAAACUUGCUAUUAAUUUGUGAAUGUACACGAAGAGUUGUAAUAUUACUCGUACAGUUUUGUGUAACACUUUCUGAUCAGGCUGAUACUUUAUUGUGUGUGUAGUUAAAACAAAUUGUUUUGUGAUGCUUAUAAAGAAAAAUAAUAUAAUUAUGCUUUUGGUUUUACUGUGUAUAAAUUAAUCAAAUAUGAUAAUUGUUUGUGGGCGUGCUUGGAUAUUAUUCGGAAUGACCGUCGUCUGCAGGAAGGGCAAUUCGUCAUGAAUUUAGUAAUAGACCACAUAUAUAUAUAUAUAUAUAUAUAUAUAUAUAUUUCUUUAUAUCCGGAGCAAAUUUCUCAAUUUGAGCUUAAUGUCCUUUGACAGAGGGCAGUUGGAUAACUAAAGAAUCCAAACUGCAACAAAUAGGUCUUAUCUCAUGUAUACAAAUUAUAUAUUGUAAGCGGCUGUCCAAUAUUUUUAAUUAAAAACAAAUAAUAAUUGAGCGUGGAUAAAUUAAGCCGGCACGUAAAAUUGUGACUGAAUUUAUAGAUGUUAAGACACGUUGUGGCCACGUGGGUCGCAUGUCACGUAACAAAUUAAUGUAACCACGGUUAAUUAUAGCCUCCACAGGCAACUCUUGAAACUCCACAAAUAAAUUCAUAGUUGGGGGAUAGUUGAGGGAUACUGAAUAUUCCCUCUUUAUCCCUCAACUAUCUCUUAACUAUCAAAUCAACUAUCCCUGACUAUCUCUCAUGUGUUUCAAUAGUUGCCUGCGGAGGAGGCCAGGUUAAUUAUUAACCGUGAUUUAAAAAAUUAAUUUAAAAAAUUAAUUCACUAAUAAAUUUUCAACUCCGGUUAUCGAACUUAUCUAUAGAUACCCAAAAACGACAUUGUCGCCUUUAAUGAAAAAAAAACCCAACUUUAAAUGACGUCGGUUUAUUAUUACUGUGAAAGAAAUAACUCUAACAUGUUAUUUGUAGGUGAUCCGAAACCUUCAUGUUGUUUUCACCAUGAACCCAUCAUCAGAGGGACUCAAAGACAGAGCUGCGACGUCUCCUGCCUUGUUCAACAGGUGAUGUUUUAAUUGUUUAUCUUUUCAUGGAAUUUUGUGUAGAGUAAAAAGUUAAAACUGGAAUGAAACGAUGUAUACAGUACACCUCAAUACUGACUGUUUUGCUCUGAUUAUAUGCUGUAGCACGCACGAUUCACUCUAAAUUUUAUUGUUUGUAUUAGCUAGUUCGCUUGAAUUGAUAUUUACGUUUUUAUUCAAUAUGCUACUGAAGGAAAACUUCAUCCAUUUAUAUGAGAAUCCAAAUAUUUGUUUGGAUUGGUUGCCUUCAAACAUUCAUUAAUAAUUCAUAAGCUUAUUGGCAAAUCAUGUCAACCAUAAUAUGUCACGUGCAGUGGCUUUAAACCUGAUAAAACACUCCUAAUUAGUAUUCUUUAUAUAAAGAAUACUAAUAAGGCAGUAUCUAUUGUAGUCUUGUCCUCAUUAGUAUUCUUUAUAUAAAGAAUACUAAUAAGGCAGUAUAUCUAUUGAAUUUGUAGUCGUGUUUGAAGCCGUUUAAUAAACUCGCAGGUCGUGUUUUAUGUACUAUUUACAACAUGAGCGGCCGUGUUGUAUCGGAUAUACAAAACGGACGCGAAUGUUGUAAAUGACUUAAAAAACGACUCAUCUUAUGAGUUCAUUGGCGAAGUAAUUUUAAAAAUAAACGUUGUCUAAGCCGAGAAAAUCAAAGUUAAAGUUUAUGUAAAUCAACAUGAAUCUGUAUCACAUAUACAGAUACGACACGCUUAUGAUUUUUCUUUGUGUUUUCUUCAUGAAUUAUUAAUGAGUUUUUUAAUAGGUCUAAAGCCACUCGCGCGCUUUAAAGCUAAUAAAACACUCCUGCUCGUGUUUAAAAUAGUACAUCAAAGAUAUACCGUCGUUUAAUUUACCUGCUGUGGACAACAUUUUAAUUGGCGCAACAAAUCCGUGAAACUGGACGCCAUUGGCUGAGCUUAAAACCUUCCAAAUGCUCUGAACAAACCUUAUGUUCUCGUAAACAUUUAUGUACUAUUUAAAACACGAGAAGGAGUGUUUUAUAUUUAAAACGGGAUGCGCAGCCGAUCGUUUUAGAUAUGAUAAAACGCGAGUUUGAUUGUUUUGAAUGGCUUAAAAUACGACUACAAAAGAAUACUAAUUAGGAUGAACAAUUAUAUAAUCAUACUAAUUAGGAUGAACAAUUAUAUAAUGAAGAUGAGUAAGAGUUUUAUCAGAUAUAAAGUCACUCCACGUGACAUAUUAUGGCUGACAUGAUUUGCCACAAAGUUUAUGAAUUUUUAAUGAGUAUUUUGAAUAUUUUAAAUAUUAUCUACGGGUAGGUGAAACUGACGGUACAUGCCAAUUUAAAGGCUGUCAAGCUUGGAUUAGUAUCCUUUUAGUUAUCGAUUAGUAUAUCAAGUGACGUUUCUUGAAAUUAAGAAGACUAGUGUUGCAUAAUAUAUAUCUUCCUUUCUUCAUGGACUAUCAUUGGACAACUCUUCUCCCGUUACUACUUUAACAUUAUUUGUUCUUUCUUUUCUGCAUAACAUACUGAACGUGAAUUAUUUUGAAAGUAUUAUAAUUUACUUGUAAUAUUUUCAGAUGUGUAUUGAACUGGUUUGGCGAUUGGUCUACUGGUGCACUCUACCAAGUCGGGAAAGAAUUUACGAGCAAAAUUGACCUGGACAAUUCUCUGGUAAGUGCAGGCGCGAUAUAUGUUUAUUGAAUAUGGCUGCAUACAAUUCUGUACAAAGCUCCAAUGGGCACUGUGCUCAUUGAAAAUUGCAGCCGACAUAUCAUUAUAUUUCUUUACCUAUAAGAAUUUUAAAGAAUUAUGGCGGUACUAUCUACGCGAAAUGAGUUUAGUAACAUUGGGAUGCUCUCUUGCUGGGUGGAAGUUAUUAUAUAUCAAUGGAAAAAUAACUAUCCUAGGAGGCAAGAUCUUUGGUAGUGGAGAUUUCUCCAUAAUAUGAACAGUCUCUAAGUGUAAAUUAAUUGUACUUGAAGCAGUCGUAAUUCAGUUUCUAUUAAGGUAGCGUCCAAAUAUUUUACUGAUGCUACAGAAACUUUUGAAGUCAUUUCAAAAUUUGUGUAUGUUGUCGUCGAGUAUUUGUUGACAAAUUUUUAUUGAUUUUCAGGGAUAUAAUUCUAUCGGUAAUCGCAAUGAAUGACCACCGAAACAACAUACGUCAUUAAUUAUCUUUUAUAUCCCAUAUAGUACCGUGCUCCAGACUACCUCCCCGUGGUUUAUGAAGGACUAUCUAUACCACCAACACAUAGAGAAGCUGUUAUUAACGCCUUUGUAUUUGUUCAUCAAACAUUACAUCAAGCCAAUGCUCGUCUUACUAAACGUGGUGGUCGUUGUAUGGCUAUUACUCCAAGACAUUAUCUGGACUUUAUCAACCAUUAUGUAAGUUUCGCCAAUUUCCUUAGACCUAUAGUGCCUUGAUCUCUGGCAAAUGACAUUGCAAAUCCUACUGUAAUGCAUUAAAAACUUAUCGUCAAGCAGGAAAGUGUCAAGUAAAAUUCUCCUUUGAUCCUUUUUUUGUGAAACACCCAUCUUUGCGCGGUAAACAUAAAGUUGAACUAUGUGGAUUUGGACUCGCAACGUUUGCUGUCAUUCAAAAUAUGGUAAAAGAAAAUAUUUCCAUAAAGUAUCGUAUUUACAAACAGCCACUUAUUCAGCAAAUUGUGCAUGCUGCCUUUGAUCCCUUGGGGGCGAGGCAGCACUUUCCUUGCGAUAGUAACUCCUAGUAUACCUGCAUGACGCAAAAUUAAAAUAAUCUAAACUAACCAAAAAUAAUCUUUGGUUUUUGCUUCGCGGAAAUAACAUUAGGAAUGUCUUUUUUACCAGGUGAAACUGUACAACGAGAAAAGAUCUGAUUUGGAAGAACAACAACUGCAUUUGAAUGUUGGUUUGCAAAAGAUAAAAGAAACUGUCGACCAGGUCUGUAUUGUAAUGAAAACGUACUGAUGAUAUGGUAUACAGUAAAUGUAAAUCUAUGUCUUAAAACUGAAGAUGCAAGUCAAACAAGACACAAAUUCUUUUGCAUGCAUGUAAGAUUCGAAAUUAUUCAAUUCGUCAUGAGACAAAAUGCGAGACAAAUAAAAAACAUGCAUGUAGUUAACGCACAUUAAUUUCAACAGAAAAACAAAAUAACUUAUGACAUUAUAUUCGUAAUGUUUUGUCAAUAAAUUGUGGCUCUUAAAUCGACAAUAAAACGGAGUGAGGAAUUAUGUUCUUAGGUUAUGUAUACGUACCUAUAUUAAAUGGAAAAAAUUAUUUUAAUAAUAUUUUUACCAUGUCAUCGAGUUUAGGUUGAAGAACUACAGAAAAGUUUGUCAAUGAAGAGUCAAGAACUGGAGGCGAAGAACGCAUUGGCUAAUCAAAAGCUGAAGCAGAUGGUAUGUGAUGGUUAUAUACUACUAACAUUUCCAACAUUUUCCUGCAGAUACCACGUGUGACAAAAAUAAUUUCUGUAUAUUAUGUUGCUAAUAAAUUAACAAAAUUGUCAUUGCAAUGUUAAAAAAUUAUUGCCUGCAUAUUCAUAUUUGUCAACGAUCGUGAGAUGAACGUGCUUGGACAUGAUGUGAAGAGCGAAAAGCAAAUUUAGGGGGAUAAGCGCACCCUCACUUAAGUAGUAGGUACAUUCCCACCAUUUCUGCAUAAAUUAGUACAUAGUGACGUUUUCUUAAUAAAGGUUUAUAAUUUGUGGUGAAGGGAUUUGAAGAUGGAAAUUUCGAGUGGAAUUUUUAUACAUUUAUUAGACCUAACUAGGAGCAGUUGCGAAAAUGCAACUAUAGGGGAGUAUAGGCCCUCUGGCAGGAAUCGACCCUGCGAUUCCGGUGCAGUGCUCUAACCAACUCAGGGUUCGUAGCUGUCUUUGAAAUCCUUGAAAGUCUUUAAAUUUGAAUGCAGGUCUUUAAGGUCUUUGAAAAGUCUUUGAAUUGUGUGAAAAAGCGAAGAAAGUCUUUAAAAGUCUUUAAACUCUUCAGUGAGUAUUUGAUUAUACGAUUUCCUAGCUAAUAAAAUAGAUUGAUUGAAGCAAGAUUUUCGCAAAUAUCGACGAAAAGGCGCAUUUUAGGUUGUGAUUUGACAGGACUAAUUAUUGGGUAAAAAUGUUGCUUAUACUUGCAGUUUUUCAACAGCUGAUUGCUCUCAAAGGUCUCUGAAAAGUCUUUGAAAAUAGGCAGCAAAAAUCUUUGAAAGUCUUUGAAUUUUUUUGGUCUUGGAGACUACGAACCUUGAUAAAUACUAUGACCGAAACGAAAUGGCCCCGACUUGACGUCGUUCCGGUCUCAUGUAAACGGGACCUAACUGAUUGUAGAUGGGUUUGUAGGUUGGAAUUUGCAUAUGGCUAGUCUCCCUCGCAGCCGCUCUUUGUGUCGAGGUUACUCCCCACGAGCGGCUGCUCACUCGAGGGCAACAUUCCUUUUCUGAAAACAACCAGUCACAGUACUACAAAGAGAAUGGAAUGUUGUGCUCGAGUGAGCAGCCGCUCAUGGGAAGAAACCUCGACACAAAGAGCGGCUGCGAGGGAGACUAGCAUAUGCCAUGUCAUGGAUAAACAGUCAAUUUAUGCCUGCACAUUUUUUGAGCGUAUAUGACUAAAUUAGUGUAGCUUUUCCGUUUAGUUUACAGUUAUCCGUUCACAGUAAAGCUUACUGGAAAAACGUACUCAGACAAACUGACGAAUAAAACGAGUAAAGAAUACAUGGAACUGAAGAAGCAAUUGCUUGAUGGGGUACGACAAUUUAUUUCAGAUUCAUGACUAGUUAUAGACACAGCAAGAACAAGCUUUCGUUGGUAGGAAUGCAACUACCUGAAAAAUAGAAGGAGAAUUUCGACGUUUCAGGCGAAGGCCCUUUGUUUGGAGUAAGUAGGCUACUCACGCCAGACGAAGGGCCUUCGCUCGAAACGUCAAAAUUCUCCUUCUAUUUUUCAGGUAGUUGAAUCCCCACCAACGAAAGCUUGUUAUUACAGUAUUGACAUGUCGACCUACACUGGCACAAACUGUUCAAGAUUAUAGAUACAGCUCAAACUCAUUAAUAAUUCAUGAGUAAAUUAGCCAACCAUGUUGCUUUAUUUUGCUCACAUGGUGAAGUAUAUUGAUCUAGUCCUUGGACUGGAUCAAAGUUAAUUCAGUCCUUGGACUGGAUCAAAAUGAAUUCAACUCACUUUACAGUGCGUCUACAGUAAGUGGGGCCACUUACAGAACACUAACCAAUCACAUUGAAGAACAGAAAUUGAAAAAUCAACAAACGGCGCAUUAGCCAAUCAGCAUUAGGCCAAAAACAAUUUAAACAAAUAAACGAAUGUCAAACGGUAAAAAUAGACUUGUAAAAGUAAACACUGCAGUUAAUGGCUUCCUGAAUCUUUCUUUUGAUUGGACGAGCUUUAGUUUGAUUAGAUUUUUCUUUCUGUUCUGCAAUGCGAUUGGUUAGUGUUCUCUAAGUGGCCCCACUUACAGUAGACGCACUGUAAGUAGUUAUUUAUUCGUAUGAGAUGUCAUGUCAAAUCCUCCAAUUCGGACUGGACUAGAUUUCAACUCCUCACAUUUUGAUUCAGUCCUCGGUUUCGCCUCGGACUUGAUCAAAUUGCACGGACGUGAAAUCUAGCAGUCCUCAUAGUCGUAUUUGAAAUAUUACAUCACUUUGUCUGAAUGUCUUAAAAUUAUUCAUUCUAGCUCACGGCAUUGCUUGCUAACGAUGGCUGUGUCGUAGCAAUCGAACUCUCAGGAUUCAGGUAAGCGUCAAAACUUUGCAAGAAACUUUGAAUUUCCAGACCCUUGUCUUUAGCCGCACACAAAAGAACACUUCAGUUGAAGGAAUGUGCCACUAUUACCCCAAGGAUGAUUUUUGGUACAGUAACAUUUGGAUCAUUCUAAAAACUUUAGAUAUAGUACUUUUAGUAUUUUUCUACACAAGUGAAUAUAAGAAAUCCGACGUGGUGAUUGUAAAAUUUGACGUGCUAUUCCCUUGUAUUCACCCACAGGUUAAUAUAACAGUAAAAACUAGUUUGCAAAAUGGCGACUGGCCGUUUUGUGGAAAUCACGGAUAAAGAUAAGCGAAAUUAAAAUAAAUUCAGUACCAAAAAACACAAAACUUGUGUGAAAAUACUAAGACAAUUAUUCGCCUUAGACUCGGUGAUUAUCGGGGAAUAUUCACCUCGACUUCGUCUCGGUGAAUAUUCCCCGAUAAUCACUUCGCCUUCGGCGAAUAAUUGUUAAAUAUUUAAGCAGUGAAAAUUUUGCUUUUAUGUCGUUAUUGUUCCUCCUAGGAAAGGCAGUGUGUUGGCUGAUGUUGUUCUUUCAGUACAAGGAUUGAUAUCUCAAAGUAUUAUAGACACGUUGAAAUCUGCCAUCCAGUCUGGAAAUAUCGGUGGGCUGCAAGUGGAGAUCGCUCUAGGUACAAAUAUAGAUCAGUUCAGUGUUUCCACCUUCCAUCCAGUUAUAAUUUUACGUCCAGUAAGCAUGAAUAGUAAUUUUGAAGCCGGAAGUAUGUACAACGAGGAUAGAUUUUUAAUUUUACCAAUGUAGGUGCUUCAGUGUAGGCAGGCUACUCUCACAACUGAUGAGUUUUAAAUACUUGAGGCGGCCAUGCAUGUUGGUGCAAAUGUCACGAUUUUUGGCAACUCACUCAAUUGAACUAAUGUUGACGGAUUUUGUCGAUGGAAAUUUAUUUAAAUGUCUCUGGAUUAUGGUUCAUAUCUCACAAUUCAUCGGCAAGUUCCAAUGCCAAUGGUAAUUGGUGUCUUUGUCUAUCGAGAAGGAUUUUCUUCUUGACCGAUCACCGAUAAUGGACCAUAAGAACAUCGCCAAUGAAUUGUGGUAUAUGAAAACCAGGCUUUAUAAAAGUAGAAAUCCGUCUACUUAUACGUAUCGACCUGAUAUUGUGUUUUGUAUCAUUUUCCCCUAGAACCCGAGCCCCAGCCAGAAAAAACAGCCAAACCUGUGCCUCCGUCCCCCACUGCAAGCAAACCUACAUCCCCACCGCCAGCCACACAGCCGACCACAAAGCCAACCACAAAUCCAACCACAAAUCCGACCACAAAACCGACCACAGAGCCAAAGUCAUCUCCGCCGCUGGGUCAAGUGGCUCGCGAUGAGUCGGCACCGACUGCCCCACCCACUGCCGCGCCCACCGCCGCACCCACUGCCGCACCCACUGCCGCACCCACUGCCGCACCCACUGCCGCGCAGUCCACUCCACCAGCAUCCAAAGUAGUGGCAACUGUUGCACCAACAACCCCAAACACCACCAAGACACCACCAGCCCAAAACGCCACCACCCCUACACCUGCCCCAAGCACAACCCCUGCCCCAAGCACAACCCCUGCUCCAGUGAAGCCUAAAAAUCCAGUCGACAGCAGACCCACCGUACCCUAUAACCGAAAUACACCAGGUAUGUGGAAACCGUUGUUUUCAAGGGCCUUUUCAUAUGAACCGGGCCAGCCUGGCUAGCCGCGAUGAAUCAUGUCACGAAAAUGUUUUCCUGACCAUAAAACAUCGUUUGAGUGAAUUUUUUACUGUUACUGGAAUCAAACUAAGCUAUUUCAACUUUGAAAUGUCAUUUUAUAUGAUUACUAGAAAAUACAUGCAUGCAGAAACCCUCGCCUUGCUGACAAAACCAUUGUAUUUUCCGAACAUGGACGCCCGUAUUCUAAACGCUCCCUCGCACUCACAGUCUCGCACUCAAUGAGUGGAGGUUCAAUCUGAACUUGUCAGUGCUGUUUUUGAAUAGCUGGAGGGUGAGUAGUCACAUAGUAAGGUAGGACACUAUCCCUUCAGCUAUUCAAAAACUGCAUUGACACUCAAGAGAAGCUCAGAUUGAAUCCACUCAUUGAGUGUGAGUGAGCUUUUAGAAUACGGGCGGAAAUGUUUAAAGUAGUUAAUAUAACACGAUAAUUGUAUUAAGAAUAUUUUUACAAAUGAAAAAUCCCCUAAAAAUAUCACUUUUAAUUACAAAAUUAUCAAUUUACCAAACAUAUAUAUGUUAGGUAUGUUAAUUAUUAGACGUAAUAUAAGCUUCAAUUUGAGGUAAAAUUCAUAAUCAUAAAAUCAUGCAUAAAUUAUUACACAUUCAGUUAUUCUGGCCAAGACAAACUUUUGCUAAUUUCGUAUCCGGUUUUCAGCCAAAUUUAACCAUAUUUUAAUAAAUUUGCGUCCAUUAGUGCCAUAAAUUGUCGUCUUUAUCAUAGAUAUCUUAUAUACACUUGAUAGCGCAUCUCUUGUAGUAAAAUUGAAGCCAAGAAUAUUCCAGCGGUUACCCCCAUUUGAAUAGAUGGCGGCCAUGUUGGUAGUUCCCACUUGCUAAUAAACGCUUAAAAAACAACAAUAACUUUCAUAAUUUGAAUAGUUUAAAAAUGUAUUUGGAAUAGGUUUAACUUAAUGUUUAAGUUUCCUGUCUAAGAAAUAGAAAACAUACGAAUCUUCUCAUUUCAUGAGAAUAUCCUGAGUCUGCAAUCACGGCUUCAAUUUUUGAAUUGCAGAAUAAUUAGAUGCACUAUCUAGUGUAUACAGCUUUUUCAAUUAAGGUUGUCCCCCGAGCAAAGCGGAAAAGUCGAAUACGAGCGUGAAAGCUAGGCUGCUGGGAAUCGCUAAUAAAUUCAUUCAUUUAUUAACAAUUCCCAGCAGCCUUUCGCGCUUGUAUUCGACUUUUCCGCUUUGCUCGGGAGACAACCUUAAUUGAAAUAGCUGUAUAAGAUAUCUAUGGUCUUUAUACGUUGGCCGGAGUGUUGUCCGUAUAUUUAACAAUUAUGCCAUGAGCUCGAGUCGUAUAUAUGAGCUGAUAGCCAACGAGGUGCGUAGCACCGAGUUGGCUAUAUCAGCCAUAUACGACGAGAGCGAAUGGUAUAAUUGUUUUAUAAUAUGGUCUAAUAGCCAUUAACUGAAGUAAUAAUUAAUUAUCCUCUGUUACAAUGUCUUGACAAUUUGUUCGGCCAAAAACCGCCUGGCCUUGAAAAUUUGAAAUACUUUUGUUUUACAACUCGAAGACGAAGUGAAAGAAAUGGUUUUAGAACCGCUAUAUCUCACAGAAAAGCUCAGAUAUAUUAUACAGAUGUUUGGUAGUAUAGUAAGUGCUGCAAAUUAAUUUGUCUUUCGUUGCAAACUUUUCUGAACAAUUUAUAUUCUCAAUGGACAAUGUCAAUGAACAUGCUUUUUUCGAUGUUGUUUCGGUACUAAUUCUUUAAAAAACUUGUAUUUAAACUAAUUUCUAUGUAAUAAAUGUAUUUUGAUAACCUGUCAAAUUUUUUUGAGAGUUUUUCCUUGUACUAUUAUGUUUCUCAAAGCGAAUAUUUUCCUUUUUCCUGCUUCGCAAAACUCAUGUAGUUUUUGGACCGCCAUCUUGUUUUUCGCUACUCGCCGUAUAUGAGCUGAUAUACGGCGAGUAAUUCAACCAAUCAGGUUGCAGAACAGCUCAUAUACGGUGAAUGACUAUAUUAUAAAAGUUUUUUAUAUAAUACCUUAUUGAAUUCUGAUCGUUUAAUUGGCUGUUUAUGGUCACGUGAUAUUGAAUAGAAAAUUCCAUUUCCCAAGAGUGCAAUGGAAUACGUUCCAUUGCACUCUCUGCGAGUGCAAUGGAAUAAAACGUAUAGUACAAUUGCACUCUUUGUGUUUUCGAUAAAUCGCAUCCCUCAAAAUGCUUCUCAUACGAAUCUAUUAGUCUAUUUUGGUAUUAUAUAAAAUAAAUAAUGAACUUUUUUCGUGGAAUGGUAAGAAUAUUUUCAUUCGGUGAAAGAUGGAAUGUUCCAUUCAACUCGGCUGUCGCCUCGUUGAAUGGAACAUUCCAUCUUUCACCUCAUGAAAAUAUUCUUACCAUUGCACUCAUAAACAUUAUUUGUAUAAUAUUUCUCUUGUACAUUUUUUUCUCAGGCAAAGAAUUCAAGGUCGCCAUUAUUAUGCCGGAUAUGCCAUUUGAUGCGAACUUGAACAAACCAGGAAGCUCUCAGUUUUUGGAGUUGAAGAAAUUCAUCGAAGAGUCGGUACAAAUGAUCUCAAUUUUAUUUCAUGUUAUACAGGGUGUCUCAAAAAAACGCUAUGGAAAUUCUACAGGCUGUUGUGCAUCACAAACUUAACUAAACAAUUCAAUUUUUACAUAUGACGAAAGAGCUGUUAUUUAGCUUUUCUAUGAUAUAUUUCUUAAAUCGUAACGAUGAGAAUUGGCCAUUUCGGUCGAAAUCACAUUCUUCCACCGUUUGGGAAUUGAAAAUACAUUAAUUAUGCAAAGUUAAUCAAUCCAAAAGCACCGCGAGUCUGCUGCAAGGUAGUUGUUUCGUAAAACGUUGAAUUUCCAUAGCGUUUUUUUAGACACCCUGUAUAUACAUUUUACAACCAAUAGACAAUUCCCAUUCCCACAAGGAGAUGCAAAUAAAUCGCCACAGCUAUAGAAAGAGCAUACUAAAAUGAGUAAAAUUGCAAAGUUUGGUUGCGAAAUGUUGUAAAAUGUGGAAAAUAUAGCCCUGCAAAGUUUGCAAAUUUUGUAUACCUUUGUAUUGAAAUUUCUACCAUUUUCGGCCAUUUUGUAUGCUCUUUCCGGGAUUAUACAUUUUUGCCAAGGUAAAUAAUAAGUCUAUAUGGGAGUUGUCUAUUCUGGCAAGACUGUGCUGUUUAUUUAGAACUAACUUCAACUUCUUUCGUUUUUUUCAUAGCUGAAAGAGAUUUUCCGAGGCAAUGCUGAAUAUAUUUCUGUCCAAGUUCUAAGUUUCGCGUGAGUAACAUGAUCGACAAUUUUUUAGUAACAGUAAGCGAUAGAAUGUGGCACCAGAUCCGACGAGAGGGGGGAGGAGACAGGGUGACCUCGCGGGCCCCACACUCAAAAGGUGCCCCCGUCUUUUAUGUAGUUUAUUAUUAGCAUGACAAAAUUACUGGAUGCUGAUUGGUUGAGAGGAGUACAAUUAUUUCAUUAAUUGUACUGCAGUACAAUUAAUGAUUUUCCCAAAACAAACAAAAUGGCGGAAAGGUAUUUUAAACACAAAUGUGAAAUGAAAUUGCACUAGAAGGAACACGAUGAAAAUACGAACAAAAGCACCAAAUUUUGCUUGAACAAAAGAACUAAAUGAAAAUACAAACGAAAGCACUAAAUUUUUGUUGAAAGUCUGGCAGGACUGGGCUUUGGGAAGAGAAUAUGAUGUUGACAUUAGAGAAGUACGUAUCCAAUUUUGUCAUGCUAAUAAUAAACAAGUAGCGGGGCGAGUCCAAUUUGGCAAAUUUCCAAACAUCACUCGUACUAUUAAUCUCUAAUUGUACUCGCCAUCGCAUGAUUACCUAUACUAAUUUAGACUUGCCGCGAUCCGAUUUGCAGAGAGUUUGACAGAUUGAGACAGACUUUAAAAUCUCAUCUCAUAAAUAUUCUGGCUUCAAAAUUGGCUGAUGGAAUUCAAAGGUGAUUCUAAGUGUUUGUUAAUGAUAUGUUUUAUUUUCCACACAGACCCGCGUCUUCCUCGUCAUCAACAGCAAGUCGCCGUUCUACUGGACCUUUAAGGGGAGUCGAAGUGACAUUAGACUUCAAAUUCCGCACUGCAAAACCCGAUCUGUUGGCCCCUCUGGAGACUCAACUACAGAUAGGCACCAUUGCCACUCACGCAGUAUCCCCAGACUUAGCAGCAGGUAGGUGACUGACCGAUUGAAAUGAAACUGGAUUGCUUAUGAUGAAGUCAGCGAUUAAUCCUCGUGCACACAAGCAAUUAAGUUUUCCUUGACAAGUUUUCUUUCUCGUGUCUACGGUCAACAAGUUUUCUUUGACAAUUUUCCUUGGCAAGUUUACUUUCUCGUGUGUACGGUCAACAAGUUUUCUUUGACAAGUUUCCUUGACAAGUUUACUUUCUCGUAUCUACAGUCAACAAGUUUUCUUUGACAAUUUUCCUUGACAAGUUUACUUUCUCGUGUCUACGGUCAACAAGUUUUCCCUGACAAGUUUUCCUUGACAUGCAGGUUUCCUUGACAUGUUUUCCUUGAUAAGUUUGCUUUCUCGUGUCUACGGUCAACAAGUUUUUUUUGACAGGUUUUCCUUGACAUGUUUACUUUCUCAUGUGUACGGUCAACAGGUUUUCCUUGACAGGUUUUCCUUGACAUGCAGGUUUCCUUGACAUGUUUUCCUUGACAUGUUUACUUUCUCGUGUCUACGGUCAACAGGUUUUCCUUGACAGGUUUUCCUUGGCAUGCAGGUUUCCUUGACAUGUUUUCCUUGAUAAGUUUACUUUCUCGUGUCUACGGUCAACAAGUUUUCUUUGACAAGUUUCCUUGACAAGUUCACUUUCUCGUGUGUACGGUUAACAAGUUUUCCUUGACAAGUUUACUUUCUCGUGUCUACGGUCAACAGGUUUUCCUUGACAGGUUUUCCUUGACAUGCAGGUUUCCUUGACAUGUUUUCCUUGACAAGUUUACUUUCUCAUGUGUACGGUCAACAGGUUUUCCUUGACAGGUUUUCCUUGACAUGCAGGUUUCCUUGACAUGUUUUCCUUGAAAAGUUUACUUUCUAGUGUCUACGGUCAACAAGUUUUCUUUGACAAGUUUCCAUACCAACUUUACUUUCUCGUGUCUGCGGUCAACAGGUUUUCCUUGACAGGUUUUCCUUGACAUGCAGGUUUCCUUGACAUGUUUUCCUUGAUAAGUUUACUUUCUCAUGUGUACGGUCAACAGGUUUUCCUUGACAGGUUUUCCUUGACAUGUUUCCUGAUAUGAUGUCAUUAGGUGAAUUGCAAAUUAGUUUUUCUUUGUUUUUUUGUACCAAAAAUUCACCUAAUGACCUCAUAUCUGGAAAACUUUGACAGUGAAAAAAUUGACCAAGAUGAGGUUUUUUACUAUAAAGAUAUAUUAUAUUUCUUCUUAGAAUGACCUAAAUAUAUUACACAUACCAACAAUCAUAUUUGUGGUUAGUCACAUAAUAAAACAAUACGCGUUUCAGCUCCCGUAUAAAUCACUUGGAAACCAAACAGUAUGAACACUCUUUUAGUAAUUUUAUUCAUUAGAAAUAAAGUUUUAAUUAAAGACUACCAGUUUGGCGAAAUCGUAGGCACGAUCAGUACAAAAAUGUGCUUGUCUGUAGCCGGAACGAAACGGGAAGCCAUUUUGUUGUUUUUUUGCCGGAGGUGAACAGUUUUCUAUUUCGUUAAUGUUUUUAUCUUCGCUCUUUAGGACGAUUGUUUUUUCAAAAAUAUAUUUUUUAACCAUUUUAAAUUUUACAAAUUCAUUUGCUAUAACCUGUAAACAAUUUGUGGGAAUUUUUUAUUGUGUUUUUAAUCCUGUAAAGGUUAUAAAAUGCAAACAACUUGUCGUUCGCAAAACGUUGGAAAUUCAGUUUGAGACGCCAUUUUGUUGUUCUCUUCUAGCAGGAUAUGAGCUAAUAUCCUGCUUAGUAGAGAACUAAUCAGAUUGCAGAAUACCUCAUAUCCAGACCUUGUGUAUAUAAUAAAUUCGAUUAUUCAACGAUUUUUCAAAAAUUUCAAUUUGCCGAAAAUUUUCAUUCUAAUAAGGUUUGAUGAGAUUUUUCAGCCCAGGCUAGUCCGGUUCGUGUAAUCGGCCCCUAAGUAAUGUUGUUUAUGAUUUUUUGCAGUUGUUAUCCAAGAAGGUCAGCAAAUCCCAGGUCAAACCCCUGGUCAAACCCCUGGUCAAACCCUUGGUCAAACCCCUGGUCAAACCCCUGGUCAAACUCCUGGCGCUGGGCAAUGUCCAUCGCCGUGCCGACAACCGAGUGUUUGUGCCCCGACAUGUUCGUCGACGUGCUGUUCACCCCCCGUCCAGAAGCCGCCUUGCCCCAGUCCCUGUUCAAGUCGAUGUGCCCCUGGCUGUUCAUCGGUCUGCUGUGCGCUGUCCAAGAGAAGUUUUGUCGCGCGUCAAAACUGAGACGCAAC